GGCGGAGCAGGAGCCGCUGCCGGCGGCGCCUCCUUGCUCCUCCGCGCGCCCCUGGCUGGUCUUGCCUCUGCGCGGCUGCUCGCAGGUCUGGUCCAGGUAUCAGCGCCGCCGCCGCCUCCACCUCCGGCCAGGGCUACCCGGAGCGUCCCGGAGAAACGGCGCCGCGAUGACGGUCAAGCUGGACUUCGAGGAGUGCCUGAAAGACUCGCCGCGCUUCAGGUGGGUCCGCUUGGCGCGCCGCGCCGUGCGCCCUUGGCCAUGCAGCUGGUGCGCUUUUACGCAUCGCGCUCCGGCCGGUGCCAGGCGGAGGCAGGCGGGCUGUCCCGCCGCCACGCAGCUGCUCCGACGGCGCGCCUUGCAGAGACGGCGCUCCCGCUCGCUCCCGCGCACGGCUCCGCUGCCUGCCUUCGCCCGCCUCCCUCCUCCACUGGUUGGAGACGAGCCGGCAGUUCCUUCGGCCUUGGAGGGAGGACGUCCCGGGCCUGCUUUCCUUUCAAACAAACUCAGGAGGAGAGUUUUCGCUUGGGGAGGGAAGGCUGGGCUGCGUUGUUGGAGAAGGGGAGGAAGUGUCGCCUAGUGGUGAGAGCAGAGGGGGCGGCUAAAGACCCAACUGGCGGGGUCCGGAAGAGGGAGAAGUGUUGGGGCUUCGGUGAGAAACCCUAAAUGAUGGGAUAAAUAUUAAGGAAUGGAAGGGAAUCAAUCGCUCUUUCUCCUUUUCCGGAGGUGAGGGGGAUUUCUCCAAUCAUAUAGGGACCCUUAGGGUCAUCUAGUCCAACCCCCUGCCGUGCAGGAAUCUCAUGAUAAGGGGAGAGCUCCCAUUUUGGGGGGGGGCUUCUUUUUGCCUCCCUUUUGGGGGCCCUUUCCUCCCCACUUCUCUCCUUUGCACCAGGCUACAAAAGGAGUCCAACAGUGCAGGAAGAGGCAGAAGUGUGUGUGUAAAAUACUACUAAAUUGGGGGCGGGGGGGGGGCAGUGGACAGUGUGGAGAUGAUACUGUGAAGCAAAGCGGAGCUGCCGGUGGGGUUGCCAACUUUUCAACCAGCUCUCUGCUCCUGUGUCUUUAUCAGCGGUUAGCGCUGCAGCAACCGGCCUGUUCCUUGCUGUUUGCCCACCUGCCCCUAAUGGCGCAGGAGCAGGCUAGGCUUGUGGAGGGGGGGUGAUUUUGGGGUGAGGGGCGGUAAGUUGGCAACUCCGGUUGUCAGGGCUGCUGUGCUGAGGCUCAGGGCGCCUAAACUGUAAUGGAGGAGCUAGCGCCACACUCAGCUCUUGAGAAUCCGGCAGAGCAGGUGUAAGACUGCGGGCUAUUUCUAGUGGUGUGGUUUUGGUAGUGCCCCCUUCUCUCCCCACCCCAAAAAAAACCCCACUAGCAGGAGUUUCCGGCCUGUACACAUGGGAGCCCAGACCUAACGCUGGGGCGAAGAGGCAGGAAGUGAUAACUGGGGCAAGGCUAGAAAGCGUUCCUGGGGUCGCUUGGGCCCCCAAAACCCCCUAAGCCGGCAUGUUUCAGUGUGGGGCAGUCACCGUUGCCCCAUAUUCUGUGCCUGGGGUGUAUUUGUGCGAAAUUUGGGGCCGCUUUCUGCAGAGAAGCACAUCCGUUGAGUGGAUUUCUGUUUAACUUUUAUAUGUUGACAUUAUUUUUUUAUACUAUUCUAAUCGAUUGUUGAGAAUGUUACUUUUUUGAUAUAGGCUGCCUAUUUUAAAGUUAUGUUUUAUGAUCACAUUUUUGUAUUGCAUUAGAUUGUUAUAAGAUGUACAUUUUUUUGUUUCUUCAGCUUGUAAACCGCCUUGAGUAUUGGAAGAUAGAAAGGCGGGAUACAAAUUAAAAAUGAUGAUCCGGCCCUGAAGCAUUGCGGUUCAGGCUGGCCCCAAACACCCGUGUGGGGCAGUGAUGUUUUGAGGGGUGAAUCUGUUGGGGGACCCCAACUCCCCAGGGUCUUCUCUGGUGGUACAAAAGAGGAUGGCGUUGGCUGUAUAUUUUUCAGAGCUGAGGGACUCAAAAGCCUUUUGGCCAGGCCCCACCAGCAAUAUCAUGUUGCUUUAAAUCACCAUGGUUUCCCUCACCCACCCAAGGAAUCCUGGGAACUGUAGUUUGAUAAGGGUCUCGUAGUUGUUUGGCACACCCUUACAGAACUACAACUCCCAGACUUCCCUGGAAAAGAGUGACUGGCUGUUAAACCGCUCUGCGAAUUGUAGCUCUGUGAGUGGAGCUCACCUGACAACGCUCAGCUCCCUUAACCAAACUACAGCUCCCAGAAUUCCUUGGGUGAAGCCAUGAAAGUUCAACCAGGGAAUUCUGGGAACAUUCGCUCUCUGAGAAGGAAAUAGGAACCAGCUUCUGACUCUCAGCUCCCAGAAUUCCUUGGGGGAAGCCAUGAUAGUUCAACCAGGGAAUUAUGGGAACAGUCGCUCUCUGAGAGGGAAAUAGGAGCCAGCUUCCGACUCUCAGCUCCCAGAAUUCCUUGGGUGAAGCCAUGAUAGUUCAACCAGGGAAUUCUGGGAACAGUCGCUCUCUGAGAGGGAAAUAGGAACCAGCUCCUGACUCUCAGCUCCCAGAAUUCUUUGGGGGGAAGCCAUGACUGUGUAAAGUGGUCUGAUCCUGCUUUAUAUGACAACACUUCAAACCGCCAUGGCUUCCCCCAGAGACUUCUGGGAGUUUAAGGCUGCUGAGAGUUGUUCGGAGAGCCCUUUAUUUCUCCUCACGGAGCUACAAUUCCCAGAACGGUUUAGCAGUCAGCCUCUCUUCUCAGGGAGCUCUGGGAAGUGUAGCUCUCGGAGGGGAAAUAUGGGGUCUCCUGGCAACACCCUCGGCGCCCUUCACCAAACUACAGCUCCCAGAAUUCCUUGGGGGAAGCCAUGAUAGUUCAACCAGGGAAUUAUGGGAACAGUCGCUCUCUGAGAGGGAAAUAGGAGCCAGCUUCCGACUCUCAGCUCCCAGAAUUCCUUGGGGGAAGCCAUGAUAGUUCAACCAGGGAAAUAUGGGAACAGUCGCUCUCUGAGAGGGAAAUAGGAGCCAGCUUCCGACUCUCAGCUCCCAGAAUUCCUUGGGGGAAGCCAUGAUAGUUCAACCAGGGAAUUCUGGGAACAUUCACUCUCUGAGAAGGAAAUAGGAACCAGCUCCUGACUCUCAGCUCCCAGGAUUCCUUGGGCGAAGCCAUGCCAGUUUGACACAUCAACCCCACCUCCCAGGGAACUCGGGGGGGGGGGAAUAGGGGUCUCCCAAUGGCUCUCUGCAAACCAAACUACAGUUCCCAGGACUCUUUGGGGGAAGCAACGCCUUCUCAGAGUGAAAUGGCUUUGAACGUGAACAUGGCCCUGAGAGUCACAGACGGUGUCCUCAUGGUUUCCAUUCUCCAGCUGUGUGUGGCUGGGACAUGAGAGAUUGUUUCCAGGCGUCACUGAUUUCCACUUGUAGGAUGUUCUGCCACAAUUUUCCUCUGGUGGGACGCCCAGUGGGUGGUUUUAAAAAUGCUUCUCUUUCCCAGGUGAGAAAGGCUGGGCCGUCUCUCUCUCUCUUUCCACAAAACACACACACACUUUUUUUUGGGUGUGUCGCAGCAUCGUCAAACUUGUGCUUUGUGUUUGAUGCCCGUCCGCCUUGCCUCGUUCCUCCCAGCUUCCUGUGGUUUUGCCACACUUCCCUCCUCGUCGGAGCCGCUUCUGAGUUUCUUCCGCUCCGGUUUGAGCCAUAGCCCAGGUGCAUUGUGGGGGACGUGCACGCGGUGGCCAUCUUGAAAUGGCCUGAGUUCGGUUUCCUGAGCGGGAACCCAGUUUGGAGGUAUUUACAGAGCACCUCCAAUCUAGGUAACUCAAGUAAAAGCCAGAAACCAGGCAAAAUUUGGGAAUCAGGCCUCCUGUUGGUCUCCCUGCAGAGGGCCUUCUCGGUGGUGGCCCCCGCCCUGUGGAACUCCCUCCCACCAGAUGUCAAAGAGAAAAACAACUACCAGACUUUUAGAAGACAUCUGAAGGCAGCCCUCUUUAGGGAAGCUUUUAAUGUUUAAUACAUUACUGUAUUUUAAUAUUUUGUUGGAAGCCACCCAGAGUGGCUGGGGAAGCCCAGCCAGAUGGGUGGGGUAUUAAUAAUAAUAAUAAUAAUAAUAAUAAUAAUAAUAAUAAUAUUCCGGCCUACCAGACCACAUGCAUGAGUGUGCUGCUUAGGGUGGGUGUAUUAUUAUGGGAUGGGUGCUCCUCCUCUCCCAUGCAGGCUUUUUGCAGCCUCCGUACCAUCAAAAUGCCCGUUCCAAGGAAGACUUGGCAAUUUUUUACAAAGCCAUUAUUUGUGAUAUCUCAGUGGCCCGUUUGCAAUUCUAAGCCAUUGCCUGGAAGAGUUUAUUCCCGACUCUUUCCAGAGGUCCUUGUAACAUAGAAAUUGUAGUUGGACCCAUAUACACUGAAGGUUUAAAGCAGCAGUCAGGUUUUUCUCCACCCCCCAAAAAGAAUCUUGGGAACUCUAGUUUGUUCUGGGUGCUGAGAGCAGUUGGGAGUCCUGCCUAUUCCCCUUCACAGAUCUACAGUUCUCUGGAAGGCAGCCCUGUUUAGGGAAGUUUUUAAAAUGUGUGACAUGUUAAUGUAUUUUUAAUCUUUGCUGGAAGCCGCCCAGAGUGGCUGGGGAAAGCCAGCCAGAUGGGCGGGGUACAAAUAAAUUAUUAUUACUAUUAUUAUUAUUAUUAUUAUUGAUUGUUGAACCACUCUAGGAUUUGAAUAAUAGAAUUAUAGAGUUCGAAGGGACCCGUACGGUCAUCUAGCCCAACCCCCUGCUAUGCACGGGGGUCGUCUCUCAUUUACUUAUUACCUUCCCUUCCCUUCAAGGUCCCAGGGUGGGUCAUGGCAUUUGUUAUAUGGAAAAAUUAGGGAUUGCCCUCCACUCAUUGCCGGCCGUGGACUUAGGAGACACCGAACCCCUGGAUAGAGAGUUGGGCUGCGAAAGCCAACCCCAAAUUUUCCACAUAUCACGUGAAAACGCAGCAUUAAAAACAGAACAACAAUCGCAAGACUCAGACGGGUCCUGAAAACCAGGGCAACUCUUGGCACCCUUUGUUGUUGUUGUUUAGUCGUUUAGUCGUGUCCGCCUCUUCGUGACCCCCUGGACCAGGCACUCCUGUCUUCCACUGCCUCCCGCAGUUUGGUCAAACUCAUGCUGGUAGCUUCGAGAACACUGUCCCACCAUCUCGUCCUCCGUCGUCCCCUUCUCCUUGUGCCCUCCAUCUUUCCCAACAUCAGGGUCUUUUCCAGGGAGUCUUCUCUUCUCAUGAGGUGGCCAAAGUACUUGGAGCCUCAGCUUCAGGAUCUGUCCUUCCAGUGAGCACUCAGGGCUGAUUUCCUUCAGAAUGGAGCAGUUGGAUCUUCUUGCAGUCCAUGGGACUCUCAAGAGUCUCCUCCAGCACCAGAAUUCAAAAGCAUCCAUUCUUCGGCAAUCAGCCUUCUUUAUGGUCCAGCUCUCACUUCCAUACAUCACUACUGGGAAAACCAGAGCUUUCACUAUACGGACCUUUGUUGGCAAGGUGAUGUCUGCUUUUUAAGGGUCUCGGCACCCUUAGCAAACUACAAUUCCCAGGAUUCCUUGGGCAGGAGGAGGGGGAAGCCAUGGUGCAGACGGGGCCUUUUAUAUUGUGUGUUUUUGUUUUUUUUAAUGUUGCGGUUUUGUGUUCCAAGCUGACCUGAGACCUACGGGUAUAGGGCGGCAUUCAAAUUUAAUAAAUAAUAGUAGUCACUUGUCACUCUGAGAACGUCUCUUCGUGUGCGGCAAAACCAGUUCGCUGUGGAUAGGAAAGGUUUCCAGGCAACUGGCAGGAAGUGGUCGCAACGCCGGCCGAGGCAGGAAGCUUGCGAAGCGACCGCAAGGCAGCUUUCAGGGUUGGCGGAGAAGAACAGAGGUGCUUCUAAAACGCUACUCGGCCCCUAAGCUCAGCUCCUGGGCUCCCCUUCCUCGCUCCUGCACAGAUGGUCUUUUCUUGCAAGUUCCUGUCCUGCUACCUGGUAUGCCCCACAGAGGACCUUAAGGUCCAUAAAUAGCAACACCCUAGAGGUCCCAGGUCACCCUAGAGGGACGCGGGUGGCGCUGUGGGUUGAACCACAGAGCCUAGGGCUUGCCGAUCAGAAGGUCGGCGGUUCGAAUCCCCGUGACAGGGUGAGUUCCCGUUGCUCAGUCCCUGCUCCUGGCCACUUAGCAGUUCAAAAGCACACCAGUGCAAGUAGAUAAAUAGGUACCGCUCUGGCAGGAAGGUAAACGGCGUUUCCGUGCACUGCUCUGGUUCGCCAGAAGCAGCUUAGUCAUGCUGGCCACGUGCUGUACGCCGGCUCCCUCGGCCAGUAAAGCGAGAUGAGCGCCACAACCCCAGAGUCGGUCAGGACUGGACCUAACGGUCAGGGGUCCCUUUACCUUUACCUUUAGAAAUCCCAGGCCGUAAGGAAGUCAGAUUAGCCUCAACCAGAGCCAGGGCCUUUUCAACACUGGCUCCGGCCUGGUGGAACGCUCUGUCUCAUGAGACCAGGGCCCUGCGGGAUCUGAUAAAAUACAUAAUUUUAAAAAGCAGAGCCUGCUGGAAGGUGUGUAGAGGAGGGUGACCAAGAUGAUUGAGGGUCUGGAAACCGAGCCAUAUGAGGAGUGGUUGAAGGAGUUGGGUAUGUUUAGCCUGAAAAAGAGGAGAUAUGAGAGCCAUCUUCAAAUAUCUGCAGGCCUGCCCCAUGGAAGAAGGAGCAAGCUUGUUUUUCGCCUGUUUUGGAGGGUAGAACCCAAUCCAAUGGAGUCGAGUUUCAAGAAGGGCGAUUCUGAGGAAACAUUAGGAAGAGCUUUUUGAUGGCAAGACCCGUUUGCCAGUGGAAUGGGUAAAAUGCGAGGCGAUGUUCUGGUGGCUAAACAGUUGCCUCAUAGAGAAGCUGGGAAGCAGGACCUGAGUGCGAGAGUCCUCUCUGCCUUCUGCAGUUUCCAGCAGCUGGUAUAAUCUUCAUACGUACAAACGGGAAAUAGAGACAGAGUGAAUGGUUUCCCCCAGGCCAGGUACAAGACAGAAGUACUGUUUGGGGGAUAGGAGACGGGCAGGUGUGGGGGACUCCCUGGUCCUGAAUGGGGCAACUGUGCCCCUAAAGGACCAGGUGCGCAGCCUGGGAGUCAUUCUGGACUCACCGCUGUCCAUGGAGGAGCAGGUCAGUUCUGUGUCCAGGGCAGCUGUCUGCCAGCUCCAUCUGGUGCGCAGGAUGAGACCCUUCCUGGCCGCAGACUGUCUCUCCAGAGUGGCACAUGCUCUGGUUAUCUCCUGCUUGGACUACUGCAACACGCUCUAUAUGGGGCUACCUUUGAAGGUGACCCGGAAACUACAACUAAUCCGUAAUGCGGCAGCUGGACUGGUGACUGGGAGCGGCCACCGAGACCACAUAACACCGGUCUUGAAAGACCUACAUUGGCUCCCAGUACGUUCCCGAGCACAAUUCAAAGUGUUGGUGCUGACCUUGAAAGCCCUAAACGGCCUCAAAGGCCCAGUAUCCCUGAAGGAGCGUCUCCACCCCCAUCGUUCUGCCCGGACACUGAGGUCCAGCACCGAGGGCGUUCUGGCAGUUCCCUCAUUGCGAGAAGUGAAGUUACAGGGAACCAGGCAGAGGGCCUUUUCGGUAGUGGCACCCACCCUGUGGAACACCCUCCCUACAGAUGUCAAGGAAAUAAGCAGCUAUCUUAUCUGAAGGCAGCCCUGUUUAGGGAAGUUUUUAAUAUCUAAUCCUGUAUUGUUUUUAACACUCGAUUGGGAGCCGCCCAGAGUAGCUGGGGAAACUCAGCCAGAUGGGCGGGGUAUAAAUAUUAUUAUUAUUAUUAUUAUUAUUAUUAUUAUUAUUAUUAUUAGGUCUGUGGCUGAGGCAGACCUUGAACCCAUGUUAAAUCCCGGUUAUGCACCUGUGCUGAUAUUUCUCUCCUCCCUCUUAUUUCCCUCGCCCCCCAACCUCAGGGCUGCCAUUGAGACGGUGGAAACGGAGGUCUCUGCUUUGGAGUCUCAGCUGGAAAAGGUGAGGAAGCGGCGAUCGGCUUGCAAGGGUCCUUAGCUGUGCGGUGGGAGACUUUGCAAAGGGCUCCUUUGCUUGUCGAGAGAAGGCCUUGCUCCUGGGGAAACGGCAAAUUCUUCCCCACAAGCUGGAGCAGAAAAACUUGUUGACACGACUGCAAAAACCCAGGGUGGGGCAGGCCUUUGGGGUCACAUGGGAUGAAGCAUCCUUAGACCUAUCCGGGGCCCACACCGUGCAGGCCUUGCAAGGCAAAAAACAACUGUCGUUUGAAAUACAGUCAUACCUCGGGUUACAGACACUUCAGGUUGCGUUUUUUCGGAUUAUGGACCGGCCAAAACCCGGAAGUACCGGAAUGGGCUACUUCCGGGUUUUGGCAGUCGCGCAUGCGCAGAAGCGGUAAAUUGCGCUUUUCGCGUGCGCAGAAGCACCGAAUCGCAACCCGUUCAUGCGCAGACGGGUUGCGAACGUGCCUCCUGCACGGAUCACGUUUGCAACCCGAGCGUCCACUGUAGUAAUGAAAUGCAACAGAGGGGAGACCGCAUAGGGGAAGAGAAAUGGAAGUGGGAGCGGUGAACAGGGAAUACUCUGCAUUUGUUAUUUUCCCUGAUUUUAAAAAUACAAUCAUACCUCGGAUCCUGAACGCCUUGGGAGUCGAAUUUUUGGCUCCCGUACGCCGCAAACCCGGAAGUGAGUGUUCCGGUUUGCGAACGAUCUUUGGAACCCGAAUGUCCUCCGUGGGUUCCGAUUGGCUGCAGAAGGUGCUUCCUGCAGCCAAUCGGAAGCCGCGCCUUGGUUUGCGAACGUUUUGGAAGUAAAAAAAAAUCAUUUGCAGUAAAAAUGAGCUGGGAGGGAGGGAAAGCUGAGAUUUCCACAUGGGAAGGGGUGUUGGUCUGCCUUUCCGUGCAGCGGGCUGCCCGUCUCUCGCGCCGCCUGACCUCCCUGUUCCUUGCCCCCUCUCUCCUGCCUACCCCCCAGCUCCUCAAACUCUGCACCACGAUGCUGGAUUCGGGAAGGCAAUACUGCGCCCACAGCAAGAAUUUUGUCUCCGGGGUCCAGGAGCUGUCUCAGAAUUCCCCAGGGGACACCAUGAUGAGCGUAAGUUUGCUCGGCGGGCAAGAAUGGGCAAUUGUGCCUGGAGGAAAGGCGGAGGAGGAGGGAAGAGGAAAGGUGUGCGAGCCCAGGUACCAGGAUGGAGGGGUAUCUCGUUCGAAUGUGGGGUGGGGAAGGGGAAAGGUUGCUUUCUUGCCUGCGCUAGCCUGCCCGGCGUUUGCCGAGCCACUGGUCUUGAAAGACGGGUUUUGCCGAGGCCUGAGGGGGGUCAUGAAAGGAGCUGUGAUUUUUGGGCACACCUUUUUUUCGGGGGGGGGGAGCGUUGGCUUAGCAGUGAGGUGACCAGGUGCAGGUAAACAUCGUUAAUCACCUAAUUGCGCCAUUUUAUUUGAGGUCUGGGAGUGGGGCAGGGCGACUGGGUGACCUGGAGCCGGUUUUCCACCCCUUAGAACCUGUUUUCACAGCCGGGGGCUUAGCUGUGCCUAGGCAGUGCCUCUGAGCAUGCGCAGAGUGCCCUUUGCUGGCGAGUGCCUGGGGCCUAGGGGAGCCCCUUCUCUCAGGUUCCACCUGACGCGGCGUUUCGUAUUUAUUUGUUUUACUCUGUAAAAUUUACACGCCGCUUGAAUGUUGUUGUUUUUAUAAAAAAGCAACAACCGCCAAAGCGAUUUAUGUGAGAAUGAAACGAGAACUAUCAAUAAUAAUAAUACUAAUAAAACUACUACUAAUUUAUUUAUAUCCCACCCUACCCAGCCAAAGCUGGGCUCAGAGCGGCUAACAACAGUUUACACAAAAUCACAAACAAUUUAUAAUAAUAAAUUUAUAUAGAUAGAUAGAUAGAUAGAUAUAGAUAUAUGUGUGUGUGUAUGUGUGUGUGUAUAUAUAUAUAAAAAAUAAAAUAAUAUAAAUAAUAUAUGUUAUUUAUUAUAUAUAUAUAUAUAAAUAUAAAUAAAAUAAUAUAAUAUAAAUAAUAUAUGUUAUUUAUUAUAUACUGUAUAUGUGUGUGUGUGUAUAUAUAUGUAUAUAUGUGUGUGUGUAUAUAUAUAUAUAUAUAUAUAUAUGUAUAUAUAAUAAAAAAUUGUCCAGUAGCACCUCAGAGACCAACUUAAGUUUGUUCCGUGUACAUGCACACUUCAGAUAUGAAAGUUUAUACCAGAACAAACUUAGUUGGUCUCUGAGGCGCUACUGGACAAUUUUUUAUUUUUUAUUAUUUUUAUUUUAACUGCGUCAGAACCAGCACGGUUACCUACCUGAAAUUAGAACUAUCAGUAAAAGUCUUUCAAAACAAUUUUUAAAAAAUGUCCGCAUAAAACUUUAAAAUCGGCGCUGAAGUAAAAAGAGAUGGAAACUGUUUUGUUGCCACCUACCGUAUUUUUCGCUUUAUAGGACGCACCUUGUUUCAGAGGGGGAGAAUAAGAAAAAAAAUAUUCUGAAUGAAACAGUGGAUAUAUGAUUUUUUGUGGAGCCCCUUCCAUUUCUCCUGCUGCUUCGCUGAAGGGGCGCUGCUCAGAGAGGGGGAGAAUUUUUUUUCUUGUCCCCCCCCCAAACCAGGUGCGUUCUCUGCGUUCAAGGUGCGCACCGACCCCUCUCGCUCUCCAGGCUUCAGUGAAGGCAACCCGAAGCCUAUGGAGCGCGGCGGGCGUUCCUUUCGACCUUCGGGUUCCUUUCGACCGCUCUUUGGGGCUGGUGGGGGGAAGAGCUUCUUUCCCCCACCGCCAGCCUAAAAGAUCCCUGAAGCCUUCGGAGCGCAGCGCGAGUUCCCGCUGCGCUCCGCAGGCUUUGGAGCCAGGAGAGUCUUCAGCAAAAGGAACAUGAAGCCUGCGGAACGCAGUGGGAACUCGCGCUGUGCUCCGGAGGCUUCAGGCGGCUAUCCCUGAAGCCUGGAGAGCGAGAGGGUUCGGUGCGCACCGACCCUUCUCGCUCUCCAGGCUUCAGCGAAAGCAACGUGAAGCCAAGGAGCACGGAGGAAGCGCUCCCUGUGCGCUUCGGAGGCUUCGCCUUGCUAUCGCUGAAGCCAAGGAGCCUGCAUUCGCUUCAUAGGACGCACACACAUUUCCCCUUAAUUUUUGGAGGGGAAAAGUGCGUCCUAUAGAGCGAAAAAUACAGUAUGCAGCUAGCAGCAACUCUCUUAAGAUUUCAAGUCUUUUUGCCAGCCCUACCCGGACGGGCUGUUGGGAAUUGAACCCGAAACCUUCUGCGUUCCAGGCAUGUGUCCUGCCACAGAGCAACAGCCUGAAAGAGGAACAUAGGAAACAGGCUGUGUGCAACACCGUGCACUUAAAGCGCAUGACUCCCCCCCCCCCGAGAGCAACCCGGGAACUGUAGUUCUCCCCUUCGCCAAACUAUAACUCCCAGCACCCGCAGCAGACUACAGUUCCCGGGGUUCCUUUUUCAGAGGGGUAAAGUUGUAAUAAUAAUAAUAAUAAUAAUAAUAAUAAUAAUAAUAAUAGAUGAUUUAUACCCCGCCCAUCUGGCUGAGUUUCCCCAGCCACUCUGGGUGGCUUCCAGUCAAGUGUUAAAAACAAUACAGCAUUAAAUAUUAAAAACUUCCCUAAACAGGGCUGCCUUCAGAUGUCUUUUAAAGAGAAGAUAGCUGCUUAUUUCCUUCACAUCUGCUGGGAGGGCGUUCCACAGGGCGGGCGCCACCACCGAGAAGGCCCUCUGCCUGGUUCCCUGUAACCUCACUUCUCACAAUGAGGGAACCGCCAGAAGGUCCUCAAAGUUGGAUCUCAGUGUCCGGGCUGAACAAUGGGGGUGGAGACGCUCCUUCAGGUAUACAGGACCGAGGCCGUUUCGGGCUUUAAAGGUCAGCACCAACACUUUGAAUUGUGCUCGGAAACGUACUGGGAGCCAAUGCAGAUCUCUCAGGACCGGUGUUCUGUGGUCCUGGCGGCCACUCCCAGUCACCAGUCUAGCUGCCGCAUUCUGGAUUAAUUGCAGUUUCCAGGUCACCUUCAAAGGUAGCCCCACGUAGAGCGCAUUGCAGUAGUCCAAGCGGGAGAUAACCAGAGCAUGCACCACUCUGGAGAGACAGUCUGCAGGCAGGGAGGGCAUCAUCCUGCGUACCAGAUGGAGCUGGUAGACAGCCGCCCUGGACACAGAAUUGAUCUGUGCCUCCAUGGACAGCUGUGAGUCCAAAAUGACUCCCAGGCUGCGCACCUGGUCCUUCAGGGGCACAGUUGCCCCAUUCAGGACCAGGGAGUCCCCCACACCCGCCCGCCCCCUGUUCCCCCAAAACAGUACUUCAGUCUUGUCAGGAUUCAACCUCAAUUUGUUAGCCGCCAUCCAUCCUCCAGCCGCCUCCAGACACUCACACAGGACCUUCACCGCCUUCACUGGUUCUGAUUUGAAAGAGAGGAAGAGCUGGGUAUCAUCCGCAUAUUGAUGGACACCCAGCCCAAACCCCCUGAUGAUCUCUCCCAGCGGCUUCAUAUAGAUGUUGAAAAGCAUGGGGGAGAGGACAGAACCCUGAGGCACCCCACAAGUGAGAGCCCAGGGGUCUGAACACUCAUCCCCCAACACCACUUGUGAGCGUUGAAUGUCUGGCGUGGGCAGGAAGCUAUGCUGACGCGCACCGCCGCUGCAUGUUUUUGCCGCAUGUGUGUUGGGGGGGUGUUUAGGUGACCGCACAUCGCUUUCCCGCCACUUUGUCAUGAGUAGCCGGACCGAAAGGGCUUUUGCAUUAGAUGUGGUGGUUUCAAGUCAAACAGCAGCGCCCACCACUUCCCUCUGAGCAAACCGAGGGCUGUUUGUGGCGGGCCAGACAGGAAAUGCUUAAGGCUGGGGGUGCCGGGGGAGGGGGCGUUCAGGUCAGCCUCUAAAUUUGGAGCCUGCUUGGAUAUUUCCGCAGCCCACAACGGGCUCUGAAAAAAAAUUACGGGGGAAACAAUGAGAUCUAGAAACUUGGUUUUUUUAAACAAAUUGGGGCUAGCGGAGAAGGCGUUGCAGAUUCCAGCCUGCAACGUGCCUUCCGUCUCUGCUCUGAUCCCCAGAUCGUAAGCAGGGGUACCGGGAGAUCCCAAACUCUGUGCCCUCUGCCCAACGCCUCUCUUCCUUGCUUGAUUUGCUCCCUUGUUGCAGGCGGGGUUGGGCUGGAUGACCUUUGGAGGACCCUUCCUUCCAACCCUGCGGUUCCCCUUGUUUUCCAGGAGUGCCUUGAGAAGUUUUCCGAGAGCUUGAAGAAGAUGAUUGACGGCCACGAGGUGAGCGGCGUCACCCGUCUUUCCGUCGCCCUCCUCCCGCGCCUUCCUCUUUCCCAAAGGGUGCUCAGCCGCUCCGUCACCCUCCAAAUGUGGGUGGGGAAAGGUUGAGAACCUAGGAAGGAGUCGAGACCAUCGGUCCAUCUAGCCCUAUAUUGCGUGCACUGGCUGGCAGCAGCUCUCGGUCAAGGGAGAUUCCCAACCUAGCUGGCGAUAGCAGGGCUUGGACCCGGGACUUUUCCGUGCGCAAAGGAGGCAGAGAUCCGUAAGCUCUGGUCCUAACCCAGCAGAGGAAGCUGCCUUAUGCUGAUCUGAUAGCUCAAUAGUCCCUACACAGACUGGCAGCAGCUCUACUUGGAGGUGAACUGCGGCCCUUUUAUCUUCCUACCUUUCUUUGUCGUAGGAGCUUCUGGAUACGACGCAACAGUCCCUCAAACAUCAGCUGCAGAGUCUGGUGAAAGAGUAUGUAUUGUGAUUGGGGCGCCCACUCCGAAGGGUCGGUUUUUUGUGUGGGGGGGUACCAGAAGGAAGGCAGCUACAGGUCGACUAGGUGGGGGGCAGUUUUGUGUUUCAAAGGGGGAGGGUGUCGAACCUUUCUUGUAUGUCCCGUGCUGUGUUUGGUCUUCGAGGGGGGAUCCAAUAGCUGCUCCCAUUUCCUGUGGCGGUGAGUUCCACAGAUCACUUGUACACCUCGAGCCUGUAAGGUUCCCUUUUCGCAGCUGCUGUUGCUACAAACACCCAGCUAACACUUUCCGGAGUCCUUCACCAUGAAAGAGAAAAUUGCAAGCCAUAAUAAUAAUAAUAAUAAUAAUAAUAAUAAUAAUAAUAAUUUAUUUAUACCCCAGCCACCCUGGGCGGCUUCCAACGAAAUAUUAAAAUACUGUAAUGCAUCAAACAUUAAAAGCUUCCCUAAACAGGGCUGCCUUCAGAUGUCUAAUAAAAGUCUGGUAGUUGUUGUUCUCUUUGACAUCUGGUGGGAGGGCGUUCCAGAGGGCGGGCGCCACCACCGAGAAGGCCCUCUGCCUGAUUCCCUGUAAUGCAUGUAAAGCAUGGGUAGGCAAACUAAGGCCCAGGGGCCGGAUCCGGCCCAAUCGCCUUCUCAAUCCGGCCCACAGACGGUCCGGGAAUCAGUUUGUUUUUCCAUGAGUAGAAUGUGUCCUUUUAUUUAAAAUGCAUCUCUGGGUUAUUUGUGGGGCAUAGGAAUUCGUUCAUGUUUAUUUAUUUUUUCAAAAUACAGUCCGGCCACCCACAAGGUCUGAGGGACAGUGGACUGGCCCUCUGCUGAAAAAAUUUGCUGACCCCUGAUGUAAAGCUUUAGAUUUUGUGGGCAGUUGUGGUUUGGGCAGCUGCCAGCACCAAAUUGUACUGGUGUUAACCACCCUGAGCCCGGCUCUGGCCGGAGAGGGCGGGGUAUAAAUAAAAUUUAUUAUAAAUUAUUAUUAUUAUUAUUAUUAUUAUUAUACCAGGAGUUAUUAUUAUUCCAGCCUCUGCUACGUUGCUUAUAUUAAUAGUAAUAAUAAUAAUAAUAAUAAUAAUAAUAAUAAUAUUUUUUAUUUUAUUUUAUUUUUUUUAUUUUUUUUUAUUUUAUUUUAUUUUAUUUUAUUUGUACCCCACCCGUCUAACUGGGUUACCACAGCCGCUCUGGGUAGCUACAAAAGUUGAGGGGUAUAACAGCCGAUGUAAUCCGACCUCAUGGAAUUAUAGAGCUGGGAGAGGGGGGCCCGCCAAAGCUCAUCCAUCCCAACCCUCUCACGUCUCCAGAAGGGGCUGUUAUGUCUCCUUGCCGUUUUGCGAUAUGACGGAAACGUGUGUUUCAGGGACAUGAAGCAGUUCAAGGAGACCCGGAAGGAAUUCGAACGCGGCAGCGAAAGCCUCGCAAGCGCCUUGCACCACAACGCCGAGGUGCCGCGGCGGCGCCACCAUGAGGCUGAGGAGGCCGUGGUCGCCCUGAAAGCCGCCCGAACCACCUUCCGCGCCCGAGCCCUCGACUACGUGCUGCAGGUGGGCCGCCGGCGGGCAGCUCGGACUCCUGGGUCCUUUCCAUAGCUGUCAACCGUCCCUUAUUUGGCGGGAAAGUCCCUUAUCCCAGCUGCUGUCCCUUAUUGAUGAUGUCCCUUAAAUUUCCCGGGUUUCAAAGGAAGCAGCUCCUCUCCCUCCCUCCCUGCUGGCCAGGGAGGAGGGAGGCUCCAACUGUGUUGCUUGGCUGCGUUGCUCACCCAAUAAGGAGUCUAAGAACGACUGGGGGGUGGAGCUUGCAUGCCUUGUGCCAAUCAAAUCGGCCGCGUUGCCUGGGGACUCACCUUUGCUCAGCGCUUCCCAGCGGAGAGGUGACGGUGGUUUUCCUUGCUGCAUCCCCUUUGCCGGGUUGCUGCGCUGUGGGAACCACCGCUUGAGGCUUCGUUUGGCUGCUGGCUGGGCUUUCUACCUUUGGCUCAGAAGUUGAACAUACCUGUGCUCGGAAAAUCCCUUAUUUUGGCUGCUGAUCCCUUAUUUUUGAGGCUGCUGGUCCCUUAUUUUCAAAUCUGUAAAUUGACAGCUAUGGUGCUUUCCUCGGCUCUGGGGGAGGGCGGCAGGACCCAGCGGAUUCCCCCUCCUGUCUGAUUUCGCCUGGGUCUUGGAGGGCCUUUCUCAAUGCAAGGAGGGCGUUCCCUUGGGGUCAACCUCGUUGGGGUGGUGUUUUGGGGGCGUGGCCAGGGCAAAGUGGGCGUGGCAAAGGGGCGUGGCUCUCCUUUGGGUUUUUAUUUAUUUAUUAUUUUAUUGAUACAGCAAGAAAAGAAGAAAGCGAAAACACAAAUACCAAAUUGCACACAGGAAUAACCACAGACAUUAUAUAUAUAUUAUAUAUAUAUUAUAUUAUAAUAUUAUAUAUUAUAUAAUAUUAUAUAUUAUAGACAUUAUAUAUAUUAUAAACACUAAAACAACAACAACAAGACGUUGACUUCCACCAGUCCCACAGCACCUCCUUUAUCUCUCAUUGUGUCUUCCUGUUUUCCUGUUUUCCUUAUCAUCUCUGUCCUAACAUCUAGAUAUAAAUCCUUCUGUCAUAUCCUUUCACUUCACAAGGUUAUUCCAGACUCAGCCAGAUUUCUGCCCUCAAACCUUGACUUUUGAGGUAUUCAUUUAGGCACUCCCAUUCUUUUUUUACUUCACUUUUUGGUUUUUGUCUUGUUACGUCUGUCAAUUUGGCUAAUUCUAAGUAUUCUGAGAGCUUACAUAGCCACUCUCCCCUAGUGGGUAACUGAUUCCCUUUCCACUAGGAUUCUUGCUGCGGACGUUGCGUAUAAGAAAAAUUUAGUUUUGUCUUUGGGAAUAUUGUCAUUUAAAAUUCCUAAAAGGAAUGCCUCUGGCCUUUUACUAUAUGAUAUUCUUAAUAUUUUCUUUAUUUCUUCGUGCGUGAGAAAUUUUUAAAAAGGAUAAAAUGAAAGUUGGGGGAGCGUCUCUGGGCGAACGCCAUGCUUUGCAUUGGGAGCAAAGUACGAAGGACCGAAGCGACGGAACGGGCUUCUCUGUCUUUUUUUUUUACAAAUAAAAAUAAAUAAUAAAAUUUUAUUUCACAUAAUUAUUACAAAAUACAAGCAAAAUACAUACAUACAUAUUUUUUCAGAUAAGCACACACAUAUAAAAAAAGAACAAAAAAGAGAAAAGGGGAAAAGAAAAAGAAAAAAUAAGAAGAAAAAUUGCAAAAAGAAGAAAAAUUGGAAGAAUUCUUCUCUGUCUUUCAGAUCAACGUGAUCCAGUCGAAGAAGAAGUUUGAGAUCCUGAAGUUUGUGAGUAGCCGACAGUUUGUGGUUCGGUGUUGGCCAGCCAGAAAUUUUGGACUACAAAUCCCAUCAGCCCCGGCCAGCUAUGGACCAGGGGGUUAAAUCCUGGUUCUUUGGCUGUGUACCUGUACUGUGUGGCGCGCUGGAAGGUGUAUUGGAAAAACUGGGUCACCCACCCUCAAUUCAGCCUCAGCCUGUUUUCAGGCUUAGGUCUGAAGCACAUGUAGAAAUGAGGUUACCUCUGAGCACACGCAGAGUUCCCCCUGCCCUGCGAUAACCAACUAUAGCCAUCUCCCACUUGUCUAGCCUUUCCUAGUAAAAAAAAACCAGUGGCUUCUAGGCAACCCCAGACCCCCGAACCUUUUUGUUUUAAAAUCAUAGCUGCUAAUAAUAAUAAUAAUAAUAAUAAUAAUAAUUUAUUAUUUAUACCCCGCCCAUCUGGCUGGGUUUCCCCAGCCACUCUGGGCGGCCUCCAACAAAACACUAAAAUACAAUAACCUAUUAAACAUUAAAAGCUUCCCUAAACAGGGCUGCCUUCAGAUGUCUUCUAAAAGUUUGGUACUUUGCCAACAGACCAGCUCCUACCCCGAACCGUUUUCUACGCCUGCUGAUUAUGCCAAAAACUAUUUAGGAAUCUGUGCCCGAGUUUGCUUUCCUCCUCUUCCCUCCCUAUUCCCCUUUCCUUGCGUGUCGUGCUUUUCUUUGUUCAAGAUUAUAAGCCUGCCGUCGGGGCUGUCUCAUUUUAACCGACCGUAUAGUACGUCGCUCUUUUCAGCCAAAGAGCCGGGUGCGAACACUCGUAACUUCAGCAGCUGCUUCCUGUUUUUCCAGAUGUUGACGUUCAUGGAGGCUCAGUCGUUCUACCUGGAUAAGGGGUUCCAGACGGCGAAGCGGCUCGAGCAGUAUCGCAAGGACCUGGCGGCUCAGGUGAGCACCCGGUGGAGUCCAGGGAGGGUGCACGGUUCGAAGGAAGCGGCGGGGAGAUGGGCAGGCAGGAAAGAGAUAACCUUCUCCUUCCUCUGUCAUAACACUGGAACUCAAAGACAAACCGACAAAGCUGAGUGUUGGAAGAUUUAGGACAGAUACCCAGUUAGACUGUGGAACUCCCUGCCACUGGGUGGACUGUAAAAGAGGAUUGGAUAAAUUCACAGAGGAGCGAGAGCUAUUGAUGUUUACCAGCCGCAGUUCCUAUGCUCUGUCGCCACUGUCAGAAGCAGGAAAAGCUUCUGGAUGGGGUUUGCUGGAAACGGCAGGACAGGGGAAUCGCUCUUGAGUUCGAAUCCUGCUUGCUGGGCUAGAUGGGCCGCUGGCCUGAUUCAGCAGGCUUCUCGCUAUGAUUUUCUCCUGCUUGCCUCCUGGCAACUGCUAGAGAGGGAGAGGGAGGAAGCUGGCUUGGGCGGUGGGAGGCUGGGGAACCAGCCCUGUCAGCAAAGAAGAGAAGAAUCGGAUCAAAACAGGAUGCAGGAAUUCAGAUUCCAUGCCGGCUGCCGAAAUGCGGCAACCUCUGAGCUCUGCUUCUGAAUUUUCGAGGUAGGCAGCUUGUCCGAUAGGAGAUUCUUUGCAGAGUGCCUGUGAUCGCAAGACCGGCGAGAGGGAAAGCUUGGAGGCGGGUGGAAACGAUUUGGAUGUUGGGAAGAAAAUGCUGGAAUUGGGGGGUUUCUGAUUCUGGGUUCUCCAAGCCCAUAAUGAGGACUAGGACCCUGACAUGGCCAGAGGUGCAGCUGUAAGGGUUCGUGGCAAGUGACUCCCGCAGGUAUAGUGUGGAUUAUUUGCUCCCCUAGCGCAGGAAGCCCUCCGGAAGGCUGUUACAGCCUUGGCCGAUGUGAUAGCCUCCCAAUGUUGGACUACAAGUCCCAUGCUCCAGCGCAGCCCAAACAUAUGGUUGGCGAAGGCUGCUCUGAGCCAGCGUACUUCGACCUUGGGUUGCCGUUGGACUGCAGCACCCAUCAUCCAGGGCAAUCGGCUGAGCUGAGUCAGGAUGAUGGGAUUUGUAGUACAUGUGGAGAUCGGCGAACCGGCGGUCAUUUAUAAUGAAAUGAUUUUAGAAUGUUUUAUCAUUUUACUGUUGUUAGCCGCUCUGAGCCCGGCUUCGGCUGGGGAGGGCGGGAUGUAAAUAAAAUUUAUUAUUAUUAUUACUGACUCCCAUCAUCCUUUUACCCUUCCACGCUCCUCCAUUAAACUCCUUUCAAAUCUGUUUCCCCCCUAGUUAUGGUUAUUCCGAGUUCAAAUCUCGCUCCACCGUCUUCCCGGCGGAAGCGACAAUUCUGUCUUGCAGGGUGACCCCAGAUCUGUUGUUUUGGCUGGAAUGGACCUCCCUCCCCAGUCCAGUGUGCUGGAAGGGGGAAGGGGGCGCGAGGAAUGCCAGGCAAACGUUCGUGUGAGAAAGAGACCCAGGCGUCCGGCCUCAUUUCCCCUCCCUCUCUUCCUCCAGCUCGAUCAGUUGGUUCUGGAGUCGGCCCGAGAGAAGCGAGACAUGGAGCAGAGGCACACCGUGAUCAAGCAAAAGGUUUGAGCACUCUAUGUGUGUGUGUGCCUCAGUUUUGCCUUACGGAAGCCGCCCAGUUAGGGGAGGAGCCUUUGGGAGGCGGAGCUUGCACUUGGAGUUCUAAGGGGCGGGGCUUGGGACAGGUGGGAGGAGUCUUGGAGCAUGGGGCGGGAUUCUGAAAUGCACUCGGCUGGGCUUGGCAGGGGAGCGCCUGAGACUUGGGGUGUGGGCGGAGCUUGCGGGCGAAGGGGUGGAGCUUAUGCACUGGGCGGAACAGCACAGGGCGGGGCUUGCUGAUUGGGUGGGAGGAGCCUAGGAGUGAGGGGCGGGGCUUAGGCAAAAUCAGAAGAAUAGAAUCGUAGCAAUAGGUUGACACUCGCGUUGACUUUCGGAGCAUGUGGCUGGGCUUUGCCUUUGGGCAUCUUUUCUUUAAUUAGGUGGGUCUGCCCCCCUCCUGUUCUUUCCCAGGACCUGUCCCAGGAAGACGUUGUUCCCGAGGUCCGUUCGGAGCCCGGAGGGGUGGUGAUGGAAGGCUACCUCUACAAACGGGCCAGCAACGCCUUCAAGACCUGGAGCAGGUGAGCAGGGCUCCUGUUUGCCACCCUCUUAGCAGGACGGGUGAGGUUUGAGGGCACUGCUUAUUGAGGUUAUCUCCAACUCCUACUGCACAAAGACCAGGGGGCGGCACAGAGGUAACACAGUUUACAGUACGUUUCCGAGCACAAUUCAAAGUGUUGGUGCUGACCUUGAAAGCCCUAAACGGCCUCAAAGGCCCAGGAUACAUGAAGGAGCGUCUCCCCCCCAUCGUUCAGCCCGGACACGGAGGUCCAGCUCCGAAGGCCUUCUGGCAGUUCCCUCCCUGCAAGAAGUGAGGGUACAGAGAACCAGACAGAGGGCCUUCUCGGUGGUGGCGCCCUCCCUGUGGAACGCCCUCCCACCAGAUGUCAAAGAGAAAAACAACUACCAAACUUUUAGAAGACAUCUGACGGCAGCCCUGUUCAGGGAAGCAUUUAAUGUUUAAUAGGUUAUUGUAUUUUAGUGUUUUGUUGGAAGCCGCCCAGAGUGGCUGGGGAAACCCAGCCAGAUGGGCGGGGUAUAAAUAAAUUAUUAUUAUUAUUAUUAUUAUUAUUAUUAUUAUUAUUAUUAUUACAAUCGAGAGCAUUCUAAAACAGGUUAAAAAACAACUGCCGUUUAAAACGCCUAAAACCAGUUACAAUAAUCCUAACUGCAAUUUCAUUUUUUUUAUUUAAAUUUUUUUUAUUAGAUUUUCCACAGUUAUAACGAAUGUCACAUAACAAAACAACAAACAAAAACAAAGACAUAAAAAGAAAAGAUACAUCAAAGAAAAACAACAAUACAAUACCAAAUCCAUCCCCCCAUAACAAAUACACAAUAAAAACAAACUUAAUCCUUUAAAAAUCCAACUUCGUGUACAUAUUAAUUGACUUCCUCUAGUCCCUCCCUUCUGAACUUCCUUGUAUCUGAUUGUAACAGCUUUCCAAUAUCAUUAUUAAACAAGAAUACUUCCAAUUAUAAUCUAACUUACUCACUUUUCUUAUUGUUCUGAAUCCAAUUUAUUUAAUUAAAUCCUAAUUUGAUCCUAGGCCUAUUUGGUACUUUCAAGUGUUUUCUAAUUUUUUAUAUUACCCUAACUGCAAUUUCAGUUAAUAGUGUCUGGCGGUCUUAGCGUUGCCAGGAGCAGUAUCGUUCAUCCACCACUUCGGCAUUCCACAGGCGGAGAGCCAUCACUAAAAAGGCCCCGUUCUCGUGUUGCCGUCAUCUGGUCAAGAAGAAGGGGGCAGUCACAGGGUCCGGGACGGUUCAUAAGGGGAGAGGGAAUACCUUGAGGUAUUGGGGUCCUGAGCCGUUUCAGGCGCUUUAGGUAAAAAACCCGGCACUUUGAGCCUGGAAACUAAUUGGUAGCCAUUGCGGUCGUUAGAAUACUUGAACCACCUUGCUCCGAUGAGCAACCUAGCUUCUGAAUUCUGUACCAGCUUCCAUUUCCGAACCACCUUCCGAGCGAGUCUCACGUAUAAUGCAUUGCUGUAUUCUAAUUUCUAACCUAGUUACACUCUGGACGGCAUCCAACAAAGAUUAAAAAUACAAUAAAACAUCAGUCAUUAAAAACUUCCCUAAACGGGGCUGCCUUCAGAUGUUGUCUAAACGUCCAAUAGUUGUUUAUUUCCUUGACAUCUGGUGGGAGGGUGUUCCACAGGGUGGGUGACACCUACCGAAAAGGCCCUCUGCCUGGUUCCCUGUAACUUGGCUUCUCGCAGGGAGGGAACUGCCAGAAGGCCCUCGGCGCUGGACCUCAGUGUCCUGACAGAACGAUGGGGGUGGAGACGCUCCUUCAGGUCUACUGGGCCUUUGAGGCCGUUUAGGGCUUUCAAGGUCAGCACCAACACUUUGAAUUGUGCUCAGAAACGUACUGGGAGCCAAUGUAGGUCUUUCUGGACUGGUGUUAUAUGGUCUCGGCAGCCGCUCCCAGUCCCCAGUCUGGCUGCCGCAUUCUGGAUUAGUUGUAGUUUCCGGGUCACCUUCAAAGGCACGUAGAGCACAUUGCAGUAGUCCAAGCAGCAGAUAACCAGAGCAUGCACCACUCUGGCCGGACAGUCUGCGGGCAGGGAGGGUCUCAUCCUGCAUACCAGAUGGAGCUGGCAGACAGCUACCCUGGACACAGAACUGACCUGCCCCUCCAUGGAUAGCUGUGAGUCCAAAAUGACUCCCAUGCUGUGCACCUGGUCCUUCAGCGGCACAGUUGCCCCAUUCAGGACCAGGGAGUCCUCCACACCCGCCCGCCCCCUGUCCCCCCAAAAAACAAUACUUCUGUCUUGUCAGGAUUCAACCUCAAUCUGUUAGCUGCCAUCCAUCCUCCAACUGCCUCCAGACACUCACACAGGACCUUCACUGGUUCGCGUUGCACUCUGUUGUUCCAGCUUGCAGGGUCUGCUACGCCUCUGGCUGGUCACAGGGAGAACAGAAUUCUGGGCACGAUCCACCUGCAAAGCUCUCCUUACAUUCCUCAUGAGCAGGAUGCAGCCUGAGUUGCCAACUGCUCUGGUUACUCACGUUCCGCCGCCAUCCCUUCCCUCCUCCGCUAACUCAGUGGCCUGUGGCCAAACCGGAUUUGCAGAUCUUCGCAGCCCUCCAAGCCAUAACUGGCCCCCCCAGCAACGCGACUGUCUGUGGUGCAAUCGAUACACAUUAUCUGAGUGCAGGAUCAGCACCUAUUGACUAGUGCCCAAGCCGUAUAAUCUCCCCCCUCCUUCCAAUACCUGGAGCAGUUUUUGCAGCCUCUCAUUAUUCUGAAAGUAUUUGCAAGGGUCCGGACGUACCUGUGCUUUUAGGCUUUGGAAAGAAAAGCGCAGGUUACCAUCCCGUUCCCACCGAGCGAGACCCACCCCCAAUUCAAGUACGCCUUGUUUUCCUUGGAAAUAUUGCUGUCAGAUCUUUAUUGCUCAAAGCCACAGUUGUUUUCCUUAGAAGUGAAAUUGACUAGACCUCGGCGGUCCAGUCAGUUUCUCCCGAGUAAAUUUCUUGUCUUUUCUUUUUUGUUAGAUGGUUUUUAUUAAUUUUCCAAUAAAAUAAAUCCAAUUAACAUAUCAAAUCAUAAUCCAAUAAAAAUAAAAAUCUAAAAUAAAUAAAAGGUCGAAUUAUCUUCCGAAUUGUAAUUAUUAAUUUUACGGCUUCCCAUAGUCUGAACCUUGAAGCAUGUCCAAAUCUCAGCCCUGCCUCUCAGCGAUAUUUUCAUAUUUCCACAUCUUGAUUUUAACUCCCCAAACUUCUUUGUCUCUGGCUCUGCGAUCCUCAAUCAUAUCAGCAAUCAUAUAACCUUUCAUCCGUCGAAUACAGAUUUGUUUGCGUAAUAUACUUUUCCAACUGUCUUUUUUGCUGACGCGGCUUCAUCUAGCUCCAUUCCAAUCCGGGCUGUUAUUCAACUCUCUGAAGUUACUCCCGAGUAAAUUUCAAAGGUCCGGACUGCUCUGCCCACUCACCCUCAGUUCGAGAACAACUUUACGUGUCCUCAGGUCAGGCUCAGCCUUUGUGCAUCAGGUUGCCUUCCAGAUGUUUUGGACUACAACUCCCAUCAGCCCCCAGAAACGUUAAAACACACACACACACACACACACACACACACACACACCACCCUCUCCUCAGCCCCAGUCGGCUCCAGAGGUGGGUGGGAUUUCUGAGCUGAAAGGCUUGCGAUUGGUGGAGCUUUGGAACACAGCCCUAUGAGAUUCUGAGUUGAGCAUCUUUAACUUAGGCACAUAUUCCAUGUAGACUAUUGUACAGUGGUACCUCGGGUUACAUACGCUUCAGGUUACACACUCUGCUAACCCAGAAAUAGUGCUUCAGGUUAAGAACUUUGCUUCAGGAUGAGAACAGAAAUCGUGCUCUGGCGGCGCGGCAGCAGCAGGAGGCCCCAUUAGCUAAAGUGGUGCUUCAGGUUAAGAACAGACCUCCGGAACGAAUUAAGUACUUAACCCGAGGUACCACUGUAUUUCCGGUGCUCCUCCGACCCAGGUGCGCCGAAAAUAGAGUGUGCGCACGCGUAUGGGCAUGCGCUCGCCCGCCCUCCGGCCCAUCGCGCGAUCGGCGCUGGAGACACCGGUCCGAGGCGCAGUAAGUUUGCUGACACCUGGUUUAGGUUCUGUCAAAGAGGGAGAGAACACCCUUUCUUGAAGCUUUAGUCCAGAACAUCUCUAGGUCUGCCUUGUGCUCCCGCGUUUCAUUAUGUAUAUUUUUUUAAUUGCAGGCGCUGGUUUUCCAUCCAGAGCAACCAGCUGGUGUAUCAGAAGAAGGCCAAGGUGAGGAAUAGGAAAUGGAUUUAUUUGUGAGCCUUUGAGAUGCGUGUGAAUAUUUGGGGGAGGGGGUGGGAGGAAGGGGCAAAAAUUUGGGCGCAGGCAAAGGGCAUAAGGUUUGCAAGAUUCCACCUGCCUCUUUUUUCCCUAAUUUCCUAAUUCUCCCCUGGUCUCCUCACUGGCCCAAGUAGAACCAAUUCAGCCAGCUAGCCCUGGGGAUUAUCUAAUGUUUAUUUCCCUUAAAUUGAUUUUUGAUUUUUGAAUUUUAUUGUUAUUCAUGUUUUUAUACUGUAUUUUAUUCUGCUUUUAUAAUUACCAUAUUUUCCGCUCUAUAAGACGCACCAGACCAUAAGACGCACCUAAUUUUUGGAGGAGGAAAAGAAGAAAAAAAAUAUUCUGAAUCCCAGAAGCCAGAACAACAAGAGGGAUAGCUGCGCAGUGAAAGCAUCAAUCCCUCUUGCUGUUCUGGCUUCUGGGAUAGCUGCGCAGCCUGCAUUCGCUCCAUAAGAUGCACACACAUUUCCCCUUACUUUUUAGGAGGGAAAAAGUGAGUCUUAUAGAGCAAAAAAUACGGUAAGUGUUUUAAAUUUGUUGUUAGCCACCUUGAGCCCAGUUUUUGAACCGGGAAGGGCGGGGUAUAAAUAAAAAAAAUAUUAUUAUUAUCAUCAUUAUCAUUAUUACUACUACUAAUUUGUUGAAAUUAAGGCCGAUGAGCUGAUGGAGCUCUUUGGUAUGCAAAGCGGUUGCCUUGGCUCCAAAAAGAUAUCUUAGACCGGGGGGGGGGGGGAGAGAUUCAGUAAAGGGCCGCCGAAAAGAUCAUGGGUGAGGGGGAAAGCACAACUCCCCUAGGAAGAAAAGCUUGCAGCGUUUUGGACUUUUUAGUUUAGAGAAAAGGCAGAUUAAGAGGCAGCAGAAUUGAAGUUGGUAAGAGGUGAAUAGAGAAAAGCCUUUCUUCCUCUGUCAAACACAGGAAUUCCGGGACACUCCAUAAAGCUGGAUGUUGGAAGAUUUGGGACAGAUAAAAUAUUCACAUAGUGCGUAGUUAAACUACGGAACUCCCUGCCACUUGAAUGGCUUUAAAAGUGUAUUAGACAUUAGAGUAUCAGUCUAAACAUGAAAGAGAUAGAGAAGUCAGCUAGGAAGUCACAGGCCCAGGGAUAGUCUGGGAAUAUGGAUUUCCCUCCCUUUGUCCCCAUGCAAAUCCCUCCUCUUCUUCUUUUAAUUUUAUUGAUUUGUUCAAAACAAAAAGUAAGAAAAGAAAAGAAUUUAAAAUAUAAAGCGCCACAGCCUGGAAGGACAAAAGUACAAAGGCAACAGCACAGUUCCAAAGGGAUCGUACAUUAUUAUCGCAUUCUUCGCUCUAUAAGACGCACCAGACCACAAGACGCACCUAGUUUUUGGAGGAGGAAAACAAGAAAAAAAAUAUUCUGAAUCUCAGAAGCCAGAACAGCAAGAGGGAUCGCUGCGCAGUGAAAGCAGCGAUCCCUCUUGCUGUUCUGGUUUCUGGCAUAGCUGUGCAGCCUGCAUUCGCUCCAUAAGACGCCCACACAUUUCCCCUUACUUUUUAGGAGGGAAAAGGUGAGUCCUAUAGAGCAAAAAAUACGGUAACUCAUACAAAAAUUCCCUUUGCAAAUAUUUCUAAAAAUAAAAGCAUUAUCCAUCUGUGAGUUCCGUUAUUGUUGAGAAGAAGGGUUCUGUGUAGUCUUAAACGUAGCCAUUUACUGACCCCCGUGCCUUGACAUUUGUAUAAGAAAUAAAAUUAUGCCGUACGUGAGUGGAAAACGGUCAUUUGAGCUCUGCCCUUUGAAUACUUUCAGUAUUGCGGGAUGCUUUCAGUUUAUGAGAUUCAUUUUCAAGAAGGGUAGUUUGCCAAGCCCUGGAACGCUGGCGAUCCAAAUCAUUAAGAUUAAAGGCUUCUCAUGAAUUGGCAGUGCAGUCCUGAGAUGAAAAAUCAGUCCUUUGCUUUCCAACUCUGCUUUCUGCAAAUCUCAAUUGCACCCAAACUACCGAAAGAAUUGGCCCGUUCCCCGCCCCUUCACCUUGCUUUGUUGAAUGAAGAAUUAGGAGCCUGAUGAGAGAGAGAGAGAGAAAGAAAGAAGGAUUAGGAGCCUAAACAGGUUUGGCAGACUUAUCUGCUAAUCCACCAGGGUGUGUGGGUGUAAGAUGAAUUCUAUCCGUCGGGUGGAGGAGAGUUCAGAUAGGUUAAUAUCGGGGAUGAGAGCAGGGCAUGGAUGGGAAGAACGAUGGUGGCAUCUGAAGAGGCAGAGGCAGGGGGCUGUUUGUGCCAGGGCCAAAUCCUGCCCUUUUCCUUCCCGAGCCCAGGAUGUCCUGACGGUGGUUGUGGAGGACCUGCGCCUGUGCACCGUCAAACCUUGCCCGGACCACGAACGCCGAUUCUGCUUCGAGGUGGUUUCUCCCACUAAGUGAGUUUUCUCUUCCCUGUUAGGCCCUCAAAUAUGUGUGUUUUUUCACACAGACACACAGCAGCUAGACUGGGAGCAGCCGCCGAGACCACAUAACACCGGUCCUGAAAGACCUACACUGCCUCCCAGUACGUUUCCGAGCACAAUUCAAAGUGUUGGUGCUGACCUUGAAAGCCCUAAACGGCCUCAAAGGUCCAGUAGACCUGAAGGAGCAUCUCAGAAAUAGUGCUUCAGGUUAAGAACUUUGCUUCAGGAUGAGAACAGAAAUCGUGCUAUGGCGGCGCGGCGGCAGCAGGAGGCCCCAUUAGCUAAAGUGGUGCUUCAGGUUAAGAACAGUUUCAGGUUAAGAACGGACCUCCAGAACGAAUUAAGUACUUACCCCGAGGUACCACUAUAAUAAUAAUAAUGUAUUUAUGCCCUGCCCAUUUGGCUGGGGAAACCCAGCCACUCCGGGCGGCUUCCAACAGAAUAUUAAAACACGAUAAAACACCAAACACUAAAAACGUCCCUAAACAGGGCUGCCUUCAGAUGUCGUCUAAAAGUCAGGUAGUUGUUUAUUUCCUUGACAUCUGCUGGGACGGAGUUCCACAGGGCGGGUGCCACCACCAAGAAGGCCCUCUGCCUGGUUCCCUGUCACUUGGCUCCUCGCAGGGAGGGAACCGCCAGAAGGCCCUCGGAGCUGGACCUCAGUGUCCGGGCUGAACGAUGGGGGUGGAGACGCUCCUUCAGGUCUACUGGGCCUUUGAGGCCAUUUAGGGCUUUCAAGGUCAGCACCAACACUUUGAAUUGGGAAGAGGGAUACAGUGGUACUUCGUGUUACAUACGCUUUAGGUUACAGACUCCGCUAACCCAGAAAUAGUACCUCGGGUUAAGAACUUUGUGAGGAUGAGAACAGAAAUUGCUCCACGGCAGUGGGAGGCCGUAUUAGCUAAAGUGGUACCUCAGGUUAAGAACAGUUUCGGGUUAAGAACGGACCUCUGGAACGAAUUAAGUUCUUAACCCGAGGUACCACUGUAUUGGCAAGCUGGAAGGUGUGCAGAGGAGGGCAACCCAGACUAUAAAGUGAGUCUGUAAACCAAGCGUUGCAAGAGUUUAGCCAGGAGAAGAGGGAACUGAGAGGCAGCCAUUUUCAAAUAAAAAAACAAAAAUGGAGGAGGCCUGUUUUCCGCUGCUCCAGAAGGCAGGAUCCGAACCUGUGGAUUCAAAUGACAAUGAAGGAGAUGCUGACUAAAGAUUAGGACGAAUUUUCUGACGGUAAGAGCCGUUGGGCAGUGGAACGGACUCCCUCAGAAUGGACUCUCCUUCCUUGGUGGUUUUUCAACGGAGGUUCGGAUGACCACCGACUGCAUCUUGGGGGGUUAGGCUGGAUGACCUUUGGAGGUCCCUUCCAGCUCUGCAGUUCUGCCAUUCGGUGUUCUCCCUCUUUGACCCUUUGCUGUCCUUCCGCUUUCCCUGGCAGGAGCUGUUUCCUCCAAGCGGAUUCGGAGAGGCACCAGCAAGCCUGGGUGUGCGCCGUUCAAAACAGCAUUGCGUCUGCUUACAACGAGGAACAUCUGGAACCCCGGGGGCAGGUAAGGGGUUGCCAAACACCAGGAGAGUUAGCAAAUUCACAGUAUUCCGGUCCCAAACCGUCACCCUAAGCAGAAGACACCCACCGCUUUUUGCUUAUUUUUGCUCUGCGUGGGGCUGCUGUUGAGACUGACCCAGAAACUCCAGCGGGUGCAGAAUGCCGCGGUGAGGCUCCUUACGGGGUCCUUGCCGCAGGAUCACAUUCACCCAGUGCUUCCCCAACUGCACUGGCUCCCGGUGGAGUGCAGGGUCAGGUUCAAGGUGCUGGUUUUAACCUUUAAAGCCCUAUAUGGCCUAGGACCCUCGCACCUACGAGACCGCCUCUCCUGGUAUGUCCCACAGAGGACCUUACGGUCUUCAAAUAAAAACAUCUUGGAGGUCCCAGGCCACAGGGAGGUUAGGCUGGCCUCAAUCAGAGCCAGGGCUUUUUUGGCUGUGGCCCCGAUCUGGUGGAACGCUCUGUCACAAGUGUCUAGAGACUAGGAAUAUUGGUGUGUUGAAUAUAAAUGUGAUGAAGGCAGCAUAUAGAAGUGUGCUUAAAAAAUAUGCCACAGUACAGAACUUUUGUGCAGAGUCUGCCAUACAUGGGAAAGGAUUUUUUAAAAUAUCUCUAUAUGUCUUCCAAUAACCAAGUUACAGUUUUAUAUGUUUGCUGUUCCAGUGGAAGAUAAUCAAGUUCCAUUUUCCCAUUUGCCAGACUGACCUUCUCUUACCCUUAUUAGAUUUGAGGGUUUCUUGAUAGAUGCCAUUUCCCAGACUCUGGUGAGCUGGGAAUGUAUGGAUGAUGGAAGAUAUUUUUUCCAUGCGCUCUGGCACUCGUCACGGCGCUCCAUGUGCCAGAAGCGGUUUAGUCCCGCUGGCCACAUGACCCGGAAAGCUGUCUGCGGACAAACGCCGGCUCCCUCAGCCGGAAAAGAGAGAUAACCUCCCAGGGGCCCUUUACCUUUUUUAAACUUCUCCCAUUUUUGCAGAUUUCUAUUUUUGUCACUGUUUUUCACUAAGGCCACAAUUUCCUGACCUGCCUCCAGUGCUGUGCCUUUAAAAUACUCAAAUAUUGUUGCAGGUGGCUCUAUAGUGAGGUCCUGACCAAGGAUAUAUAUAUAUACCGGUAUAUAAAUCCUGUUUACAUUGCACAACUCUUCUUACCGUACUGCCACUCCAUCCCUUCAAAACUUUCUUGCACCCUGAAGUUCCUAAGGCUUGCACAGCCAUUGCCUUCCCAUCCUGUACUGAGGACUAGCCACUUGGUUUCUUUGUCGCUGCCAUUUUAAAAAGAGGAUUGAGAUUCUCGCGCCCGAAUGCCAAUUUCUGAACUUGGAAAGGGGGGAAAAGACAUGCAAGCCUUUUUCGUUCCACUCCUCUGCAGCCCCUGGAGCGGACGGCGUCUCUUUCUGCCGCAAAACUGCAGUCCCCCUCCAGCCGGAAGCUGCGUGCCGGGGUGGACAAGCAAGUCAUAGACCAGGUGCAGAGACUGGAGGGCAACGCCCAGUGUUGCGACUGCCGGGAGCCGGCGCCUGAGUGGGCAAGCAUCAACCUGGGCAUCACGCUUUGCAUAGAGUGUUCCGGCAUCCACAGGUGAGCUGGCAAACUUAGGGCGUGGCAGAUGGAGCGGAUUCCAGUUCCUGGUUUUCUCUGCUGCUCCCUUUCCUGCUCUAAGAGGCUUGAGGGAGGUGGGAGGAGCCUUGGAGAAAGGGGAGGGGCUUUGAAAUACCGUAUUGGCCCGAAUAUAAGCCGCACCUUUAAAAUCGGAAGGGGGGAAAGAAAAAAAGAAAAAAUAUCCAAAUAUUGUUGUGGUUUAGUCGUUUAGUCGUGUCCGACUCUUCGUGACCCCCUGGACCAGAGCACGCCAGGCACUCCUGUCUUCCACUGCCUCCCGCAGUUUGGUCAAACUCACGUCUGUAGCUUCGAGAACACUGUCCCACCAUCUCAUCCUCCGUCAUCCCCUUCUCCUUGGGCCCUCCAUCUUUCCCAACAUCAGGGUCUUUUCCAGGGAGUCUUCUCUUCUCAGGAGGUGGCCAAAGUCUUGGAGCCUCAGCUUCAGGAUCUGUCCUUCCAGUGAGCACUCAGGGCUGAUUUCCUUCAGAAUGGAGAGGUUUGAUCUUCUUGCAGUCCAUGGGACUCUCAAGAGUCUCCUCCAGCACCAGAAUUCAAAAGCAUCCAUUCUUCGGCAAUCGGCCUUCUUUAGUAUAUCUUAGUAAGUUAGUGGCUGAAGUGGGGCUGAGAUUGUGGGAGGAGCCUGUGGAGGAAAGGGGCGGGGCUUGCACACCAGGAACUGGGAAAGGGGGUGGGGCUUGUGACAAAAUGGGGAGGUGCUUGCCAUAGAUGGGAGGAGCCAGGGAAGAGAGGGUGGGGCUUGGGUACAAUCCAAAAAGAGGGAUUGCCAUUUCUGCCAGGCCACCUUGAAGGUUGGCCCCUUUGUUAGGAACAUAAACAGAGCCUGCUGGAUCAGGCCCAGAGGCAUCCUGCUCUCACAGUGGCCAACCAGAUGACUAUUAUGGGAAACCCGCAAACAGGAUCUGAGCCCAGGAGCCCUGUCCCACCUCUGUGGUUUCCAUCAGUUGGGAUUCAGAAAAUAUUUCUGAGCCUGGCCACCGUGGCGAAUGGCAUUUGAUAGCCCUCCACAGAUUUGCCUCAUCUUCUUUUCAAGCCCUCCAGGUUGUUGCCUGCCUCCUGUGGCAGGGAGUUCCGCAAUUUAACUGUGCCCUGCAUGGAGCAGGAGUGCCCCUUGCCUGAUCUCUCCCUCCCUGUCUCCAAAUUAGGAGUCUCGGUGUCCAUUUCUCUAAGGUGCGGUCGCUGACGCUCGACUCCUGGGAACCUGAGCUAGUCAAGGUAAAUGCAGGGACCUAAUGGUGGGCGGGCUCUGAACUCCCCAUCGGUCCCCAGUGGUUGGGAAUGAUGGCAGUGGUGUAGCAAGGUCAGGUGGUACCCGGUCCCCAUCAGUCACCAGUGGUUGGGAAUGAUGGCAGUGGUGUAGCAAGGUCAGGUGGUACCCGGUCCCCAUCGGUCCCCAGUGGUUGGGAAUGAUGGCAGUGGUGUAGCAAGGUCAGGUGGUACCCGGUCCCCAUCGGUCACCAGUGGUUGGGAAUGAUGGCAGUGGCGUAGCAAGGUCAGGUGGUACCCGGUCCCCAUCAGUCACCAGUGGUUGGGAAUGAUGGCAGUGGUGUAGCAAGGUCAGGUGGUACCCGGUCCCCAUCGGUCACCAGUGGUUGGGAAUGAUGGCAGUGGCGUAGCAAGGUCAGGUGGUACCCGGUCCCCAUCAGUCACCAGUGGUUGGGAAUGAUGGCAGUGGCGUAGCAAGGUCAGGUGGUACCCGGUCCCCAUCAGUCACCAGUGGUUGGGAAUGAUGGCAGUGGCGUAGCAAGGUCAGGUGGUACCCGGUCCCCAUCAGUCACCAGUGGUUGGGAAUGAUGGCAGUGGCGUAGCAAGGUCAGGUGGUACCCGGUGCGGAAUUUUUUUUGUCAACCUCCCCACUGAAAUUUUCCCUCCCUCCCUCCACUGCCCCCAUCAAAGAAAGCUAAGCCCUGCCCUUCUCCAGGAGCAUGGGGGGCAACAGCGCGCCGCCCGCCCGUGACCCCCAAGCCUCCCCCGAGCUGGGGGAAGGGGGGAAGGCCGCUGGCAAAGCGGCGCAGCUCCCCGCCUUCCCCCGGCGGCUCAGGGUCAUAGCUGUCAACGUUUCCCUUUUUUUUUUAAAAGGGAAAUUCCCUUAUUCCGAAUAGGAUUCCUCGCAAGAAAAGGGGAAAGUUGACAGCUAUGUGUCAGGGUAGGCUUGGGAGUUGCGGGCGCGAUGUGCGCCGAAUGUCACUCCCCUCGGUGUGUGUGUGUGUGUGUGUGUGUGGCCGCAUUCGAAGCUUUGCUGCUGCUCAGGAGGCAAGGCAGGGUGUAACCCCCCCAAGGGCGGGACAUGGACGGGGUGGGCAGGGAGAGCCUGGCCAGUUGCUGGGAAGGGGACGCACUGCGAUGCAACCCAGCCCUGCUCGGGUCCACAGGCAGCACUGAGUUGUGUUGUGUCACACCCCCCCCAUUGAUGGCACCCGGGGUGGUCCGCCCCCCCUUCCUCCGCCAGACAGUGAUGGGAGUUGUAGCCUAGCAAAAGCUGGAAGGCUAAAGGUUCCUUCUCGGUGCCUAAUAGCGAGGGUGGUUGGGGGUGGGGUUGCCUAAGACGCAGCUUCUGAGAUCCUCGCCUCUCCCUCCUCCCUCCUGCAGCUGAUGUGCGAACUGGGGAACCGAGUCAUCAACCAGAUUUACGAGGCGCGAGUGGAAGAGAUGAACAUGAAGCGUCCCCAGCCGGGCUGUUUGCGGUGAGGACGUCCCCUUCAUUGAACGAUACGAUAAUCUUUAUUGUCAUUGUCCCAUACAGAACAACGAAGUUGAAAAAAAUCUACAUAAAGACAUUCAAAAACCAGCAAGCCUGCUAUCCCAGCCUGGUUAGCCCCCUAAAAACUCUGACACCCCGUUUUUAAAUACAAUAUACAGUGGUACCUUGGGUUACCUACGCUUCAGGUUACAGACUCCGCUAACCCAGAAAUAGGACCUCGGGUUAAGAACUUUGCUUCAGGAUGAGAACAGAAAGCGUGCCCCGGCAGCAGCGGGAGGCCCCAUUAGCUAAAGUGGUGCUUCAGGUUAAGAACAGUUUCAGGUUAAGAACGGAUCUCCGGAACGAAUUAAGUACUUAACCCGAGGUACCACUGUACUCCCAUAGAGACUCCUUACACUGUAUUUAAAACCAAAAUCACAUUUGGAUAGAAACUGUUUCUCAGGCGGCUAGUCCUGGUCCAACCCUGUACCUUCACAGAGCCUAGGACUUGCUGAUCGGAGGUUGGCGGUUCGAAUCCCCGCAAUGACGGGGUGAGCUCCCGUUGCUCGGUCCCUGCUCCUGCCAACCUAGCAGUUCGAAAGCACGUCAAAGUGCAAGUAGAUAAAUAGGUACCGCUCCGGCGGGAAGGUAAACGGCGCUUCCGUGCGCUGCUCUGGUUCGCCAGAAACAGCAUAGUCAUGCUGGCCACAUGACCCGGAAGCUGUACGCCGGCUCCCUCGGCCAAUAAAGCGAGAUGAGCGCCGCAACCCCAGAGUCGGCCACGACUGGACCUAGUGGUCAGGGGUCCCUUUACCUUUACCUUCUUCCAGAAGGUAGAAGCACCCCACAUCUCCUUCUCCUCCCCCCCCCAGCCUCCAUCUGCUAUAAACACCCUAAAAAAAGGUUAUCUACAUUUCUAUCCCAACUUGAGGAGCUCAAGUUGGUGUGCAUGGUUUCCUAAUUCCCACUUCUAUCCUCACAACACCCCUGUGGGGUAGGUUAGGCUGAGAUUUGGCAGCGGAUGCCUCUAGGCCACAACCACGACCUUCGCCCAUGGCCUAGGGGGGAUUUGAACCCAGAUCUUGCUGUGACCCGGUGGUUGUCUAAGGGUGUGCGACGCACCGCGCCGGUGCGCCAGGAGAGGAUGGCAACUGUGGCGGGAACGUUCAGGGACAAGCAAAGAAACAUUUAACCAUUUCAGCGUCGUAUGGUAUACUAUGGUAUCAAAUGUAUAUACAGUGGUACCUCGGGUUACAUACACUUCAGGUUACAUACGCUUCAGGUUACAUACGCUUCAGCUUACAGACUCCGCUAACCCAGAAAUAGUGCUUCAGGUUAAGAACUUUGCUUCAGGAUGAGAACAGAAAUCGUGCUUUGGCGGCGCGGCGGCAGCAGGAGACCCCAUUAGCUAAAGUGGUGCUUCAGGUUAAGAACAGUUUCAGGUUAAGAACGGACCUCCAGAACGAAUUAAGUACUUAACCUGAGGUACCACUGUAUAUAUUUGGAUAUACAGCCAGAAGGACUAUCCACGCCUCUCUUCAGGGGCGUUGGCUAUUCUUAUGCACUUCUCCACGAUGUAUUGUUGUGUACAGGGCAAAUAAAUUCUGGCAAAUAAGAAAGAUCACAGAAGAGAAAGGCUUCUUGUGUUGAUGAGAUCUGAUUUAAAUGAGAUUACCUGGCAAAAAAGCAAGCUCACACGUCUCCUCGACUUUGUAUACUUACUUAAGAGGCUUGUUCCUAAUUAUAUUUUGGGAAUGAUGCAUGUUUUUAGGCAGCUGCCUUGUUUUAUACUUUCGGAGUGUCCUGUGAUCAUACUACUGUAUAAACCAAUAGUGUUCUGUGUUAUAAAUCGAGUACUGCUUGGAGUAUUCCAUUGCAUUUCUUAGGAAUAAAACGAUUCAAUGUGGCCCGAGCAAAAAUGUUAUUCUGAAAGUGUAGCCCAGAGAAGAAAGUUUGAGAUCUGGUGCUCUAACCACUACACCACACAGCCACAGAAGGAGAGAGAUUUGUGUUUGCGUCUACACAUUUGAUUCCCUCCCUUUUUAUUCAAUACUCUAUCAUGCACCUAAAAGGUUCUCAGUGCUCCCUGUGUAUUAAAAGAUAAGGCGGUCCCUGUCCCAGGGGCUGACGCGUUCCGGUAGACACGGCACAAAAGGAAAGAGGGAUGGGGAGGGAAGAGGAGUGUUCAGGUACCUGCAACUUCGUUGGCUGAUACCAUGGUGGCCAGAAAGCACCUACCGUCGGUUGCCCAGUAGGUGGUGCUGUUGCAUAGGACUGAUCUGCACCAUCCCUCACUCUCUAAAUGGGGGGGGGGGAGAGAGAGAGAGAUGAAAGGACCACUCCCAUCAUGCACCAGGAAACAUUGGCUCCUCCCCCUUCGCUUGUCAAUUCUGUGCAGGGACGUUGUCAAGUCUCUGAACAUGUGCAAAAUUCACCUUUGGUACCUGUCAUUGUUAUAAAAAUUAAAUUAAAUUAAAUAAUUUCUUCUUCUGUUUCUCUGCCCCAAGGUUGGAGAAGGAGGCCUGGAUCCGGGCCAAAUACGUGGAAAAGAAGUUCAUCACCCAGUUCCCGAAGGCCGGGGCACGGCUCCAUCGGGGAGGAGACGUCCGGGGGUUCGAGAAGCCCAAACCGUUCCCCAAACCCAAACCUCCGGGGCAGAAACGAGGGGGCGCAGGUAGGGAGAGAGGCUCUCUUCCUUCCCCCUGCCCUUAGCGCAGGGGAUAUAAGAUACAGUGGUGCCUCGCAAGACGAAAUUAAUUCGUUCCGCGAGUCUCUUCGUCUUGCGGUUUUUUCGUCUUGCGAAGCACGGCUGUUAGCGGCUUAGCGGCUAUUAACGGCUUAGCGGCUAUUAAUGGCUUAGCGGCUAUUAACGGCUUAGCGGCUAUUAACGGCUUAGUGGCUUAGCGGCUAUUAACGGCUUAGCGGCAUUAAGAAAAAGGAAACAAACUCGCAAGAACUCGCAAGACGUUUUGUCUUGCGAAGCAAGCCCAUAGGGAAAUUCGUCUUGCGGAACGACUAAAAAACCGAAAACCUCUUUCGUCUUGCGCGUUUUUCGUCUUGCGAGGCAUUCUUCUUGCGGGGCACCACUGUAGCUGUCAGUUUUCUGGAGAUUUGCGGGGUUAGAGGCAGAAGCAAGGAGCCAGGUCCUGCUGGUUUCCCAGAAGUAGUUUUCAUGUAGAGUGGUACCUCGGGUUACAGACGCUUCAGGUUACAGACUCCGCUAACCCAGAAAUAGUACCUCGGGUUAAGAACUUUGCUUCAGGAUGAGAACAGAAAUUGCGCGGCAUCGUCAGCAGGAGGCCCCAUUAGCUAAAGUGGUGCUUCAGGUUAAGAACAGUUUCAGGUUAAGAACGGACCUCCGGAACGAAUUAAGUACUUAACCCGAGGUACCACUGUAGAUACGAAAGGUCCCCUAAAACAUUGAAAUGAUCAUGAACCAUCAGGAAAACUGAAUAAAAGCCAGGUCUGCUGUUUCUAAUAGAUCUGCUCUGAGCAAACUUAUUAUUGUGUUUUUAAUAUUCGGUUGGGAGUUGCCCAGCCAGAUGGGCGGGGUAUAAAUAAUAAAUUAUUAUUAUUAUUAUAUUAUAUAUAUUGUUCAUUGCAUUGAAUUACCCACUUUUUUCUCUCCAAGGGGGAUGAUAGUGUACACCAGGGGUCAGCAAACUUUUCCAGCAGGGGGCCAGUCCACCGUCCCUCAGACCUUGUGAGGGGCGGACUAUAUUUUUUGGGGAGGGGGAAUAUGAACGAAUUCCUAUGCCCCACAAAUAACCCAGAGAUGCAUUUUAAAUAAAAGCACACAUUCUACUCAUGUAAAAACACGCUGAUUUCCGGACUGUCCAUGGGUCGGAUUUAGAAGACGAUUGGGCCUGAUCCGGCCCCCGGGCCUUAGUUUGCCUACCCACGGUGUACACAGUUCUCUCCCCUUCCCUAUUUCAUUCCCACAACAACUCAGUGAGGUAGGUUAGGCUGAAAGCAGCCGUGGCUGCCCCCCCCCAGUCCCUCAGUGAAGUUUCAUGUGGCCAAAUAAGGAUUCGAACCCUGGUCCCUCCCAGGUCCUGGUCCAACAUCCUUAAGUAGGGACACAGGUGGCACUGUGGUCUAAACCACUGAGCCUAGGGCUUGCUGAUCGGAAGGUCGGUGGUUCGAAUCCCCGCAACAGGGUGAGCUCCCCUUGCUCCUGCUAACCUAGCAGUUCGAAAGCACACCAGUGCAAGUAAGUAAAUAGGUACCACUCCGGCGGGAAGGUAAACGGCGUUUCCGUGCACUGCUCUGGCUUCCGUCAUGGUGUCCCGUUGCGCUCGAAGCGGUUUAGUCAUGCAUGACCUGGAAAGCUGUCUGCGGACAAACGCCGGCUCCCUCGGCCUGAAAGCGAGAUGAGCGCCGCAACCCCAUAAUUGCCUUUGACUGGACAUAACCGUCCAGGGGUCCUUUACCUGUUAAGGUAACAGCUGCACCACCAGCGCUCAUCUUCUCAGCCUCCUUGCUGAGGUGUAAAGUCAUCGUUGCGUAAUGCAGUGCAGAUAAGGAAACCGAUGGGUUUUACCCGAACGCUGAAAGAAUAUACCAUUUCUUACUGGUCUCCCUUUUUUUACUCCUACAGGAAGUAGUCCAAGCCGAGCGAGCCCAAACCCAGGUAUGUGUCUCUCAAAGCCAGGUAUACUUUGAAAGAUGGUGGAGGUUCGUUUUUGAGCUCAGUUUAGGAGCGAUGGGGACCAUCGCUGUCAACCUUCCCUUAUUUUGUUUCCCGCUGCUUCCCACUGCUAUCCCGGAUUGUUAAAUAUCCCGUAGACUGUCCCCGGGACAGGUGAGGCUGCUGAUCCCUUAUUUUCAAAGCUGAAAGUUGACAGCUAUGGAUGGGGACCCACAUGGAAGAGAGCUGGGCUGGGUGAGAGUCCCCAUCUUUCCUGGUGCUGUUCAGUCCUAGCCCCAGAAUGCCAGGACGCAUUUAUUUAUCUCCUAAAAUUCACACGCCGCUUAUAGACUCACAGAAUUGCAGAAUCAAAAGGGGUCGUAUUGUCCAAGCCCUGACAUUGCAGGAAUCGCAGCUUUGUUGUAAAAACAAACAAACCUCAAAGCAGAUUACAAAAAAAGGACAAAGCAAUAAAACGAUCAUAAGAUUUUGAAAAGUUAAAACGACAACGGAAUAAGAGCAGAUUCGAACUCGCAGCGGCUUCCUGAAUGACUGGGUAGGCUUGCCUAAACAAAAAUGUUAGAUCUCUGAGCAGAGGGGCUAGUAUCCUGACAAGGCCUUUCUCCUGUCGGCAGUCGGGUGUCGGCACUGUUUGCCAGUCUGGGCCGAGUCAAAGGCGUUAUUGUCUGUAUACAAAGCCCUUAACAACGUGGGGACAACUUUACCUAUGAGAUCUCCUUCCCCCGCUGCUUUGGUCCACUUGGCUGCUUUGAAUGGCAGAACUGGCGCCACCGACACUGUGGAACUCCCUGCCUCUUGAGAGCAAGCAGCUGCCUUCACUGGACUCCUUUCAGAGCCUGCUAAAAACAUCCUUGUUUCGACAGGCCUACCCAGAAGCAUAGGGAAGUGGAGGCAAUUUUAAUUUGUAUGCUUCAAAGUGCUGUUGUAAAUUUCUCUUGGUUUCAUCGUCAUCAUCAUCAUCAUCAUAAUUUAUACCCCGCCCAUCUGGUUGGGCUUCCCCAGCCGCCACUCUGGGCGGCUUCCAACAAAAUAUUAAAAUACACUAAUGCAUCAAACAUUAAAAGCUUCCCUAAACAGGGCUGCAUUCAGGUGUCUUCUAAAAGUCUGGUAGUUGUUAUUCUCUUUGACAUCUGAUGGGAGGGCGUUCCACAGGGCGGGUGCCACCACUGAGAAGGCCCUCUGUCUGGUUCUCUGUACCCUCACUUCUUGCAGGGAGGGAACUGCCAGAAGGCCUUCGGAGCUGGACCUCAGUGUCCGGGCAGAACAAUGGGGGUGGAGACGCUCCUUCAGGUAUGCAGGGCCUUUGAGGCCGUUUUGGGCUUUAAAGGUCAGCACCAACACUUUGAAUUGUGCUCGGAAACGUACUGGGAGCCAAUGUAGGUCUUUCAGGACUGGUGUUAUAUGGUCUCGGCUGCCACUCCCAGUCCCCAGUCUGGCUGCCGCAUUCUGGAUUAGUUGUAGUUUCCAGGUCACCUUCAAAGGUAGCCCCACGUAGAGCGCAUGGCAGUAGUCCAAGCGGGAGAUAACCAGAGCCUGUACCACUCUGGAGAGACAGUCUGCGGGCAGGUAGGGUCUCAUCCUGCGCACCAGAUGGAGCUGGUAGACAUCUGCCCUGGACACAGAGCUGACCUGCGCCUCCAUGGACAGCGGUGAGUCCAGAAUGACUCCCAGGCUGCGCACCUGGUCCUUCGGGGGCACAGUUGCCCCAUUCAGGACCAGGGAGUCCUCCACAACUGCCUGCCUCCUGUCCCCCCAAAACAGCACUUCUGUCUUGUCAGGAUUCAACCUCCAUCUGUCAUUGCUCUAGCUCUUUACGUAAACAGCAUUCGGGUUUCUUGCCAUGUAUAUAUAUUAUAUGAAAUGAAUAAAAUCCUGGAGAGCUGCCAGCCAGUGUUGGCAUACCUGAAUUAGAUGGGCCAGUGGUCUAACUAAGUACAAGGCAGCUUCCUAAGUAAUCCACGCUGGUGGCUGUUGCUGGUCUGAUUCUCUCUGCCUCCCCUCCUCUUUUUAGGGGCAAGGGAAGGGGCCUCUCCAAACCCCACAGACAACCUGCAGAGUUUGCACCCUGGGGCCUUGCUCUAUCGCGCUGCCGCUGCACCCCCAAGCCUGCCCACCAUGGCGGACGCCUUGGCUCACGGCGCUGACGUCAACUGGGUGAACGCCAACCACGAAAGCCGGACCCCUUUGCUGCAGGCCGUCGACGCGGUGAGUCUGUGGGGGGGCUCAGAAGUGUUUUUUUUAAAAAAAAAUUUUUUUUAUUAAAUUUUCCAUUUUAACAAUCCAAUCAGAUCACAUUAAAUAUUCCAAAUUAUACAAAUACAUCUCAUGUAGUCCAAAUAUUCUGCCAAAUUAUAGAUUUUUGUUGGGGCUUCCCAUGCUUCAAGUUCAGUGAGGUUCCAAUCAUCUUAUGUUUCUACUGCCUUGAGUUUCCAAUAGUUCCUUCUUUAAAUCUUCCUGUUGGUAUCCUUCCCUUCCUUCAUGGCCUCUGAGUUUGUUUCCACAGGCGAGCUGAAGUAAACAAUAAUGGGCUUCUGUGUGAAAUUUGUAUGACUCUCCUUUUUUUUGCAGCUGGUACGUCUGUUUUUUGCAGAAUGUCCUCAGUCCUCACACACUUUUUUUUUAUUGAUACACCGAAAAAGGAAAAAAAAACAAGACAAGAAAUACAAACCGAACCAUGAUAAGGACAAUAUUAAUUACGAAUCACUAAAACGAAAAGUGGUCGUUGGACUAUAGACCCGACCUCCCGUCCAUUCCUUAUUUCACUUAUCUAUUAUUUGUCGCCAAUACACGCUUUUGUCUUAACUGAUUAACUAAUUAUUGUUAGUUUCAGGUUAAGUAUGGACCUCUGGAACUAAUUAAGUACUUAACCUGAGGUAUCACUAUAUUAUGUUUUUAGUGUGAUUUUAUUUUAUUGGUGUUAGCUGCCCUGAGCCCGGCUCUGGCCGGGGAAGGCGGGGUAUAAAUUAUUAUUAUUAUUAUUAUUACUACUACUACUACUACUACAGUGGUACCUCGGGUUAAGUACUUAAACUGUUCUUAACCUGAAGUUCCACUUUAGCUAAUGGGGCCUCCUGCUGCUGCCGCGCCGCCGGAGCACGAUUUCUGUUCUUAUCCUGAAGCAAAGUUCUUAACCUGAAGCACUAUUUCUGGGUUAGCGGUGUCUGUAACCUGAAGCGUCUGUAACCUGAAGCGUAUGUAACCCGAGGUACCACUGUAUUAUUUUCUGUGGGGCUCAGAACUCUUGACGCUCUCAAACGCCAACCCACUUCCCUCAUUUCCCCACUUCACCUUCUCUCUCUCUCUCUCUCUCUCUACCCAGAAUUCUCUCUUGGCCUGCGAAUUCCUUCUUCAAAAUGGAGCCAGCGUCAACCAGCCAGACAGCAGAGGCCGAGGCCCCCUUCAUCAUGCUACCAUCUUGGGACACACUGGGUAGAUACCUAUCUAUAUAUCUCUAUACAUAUAUCUUCCUAUAUGCAUAGAAAUGGAAGGCUGUCGUCACGUUGUAGUUUGCUGCAGCCAGCGCCAACUCCAGCAUGGCAACAGAAAGGCGGGCAGGCAGGUGUGGAAGAACCCCGAAAGCAAGCAAGCAGCCGCGGGAAGGGGGAGAAGGGAGACUUCAGGGGGAGAACAAGGCUAUUGAUGGUUGAAUCAUUGUGUUUUAAUAUUCUACUGGAAGCCCCCCAGAUUGGAGUCCAACCUCCAAUCUUUCACCGAAGUGGGAUUCGAACCCACAACCCUUGUGCUCUACCGACUGAGCUUAUGGACAAUUGGUUCAGUGAUCUGGUUGGUGUGAACUAAUUUGUUCCAGGCACUGGGAACGAAUAACCCUUACAGGUGAAACUCAAAAAAUUAGAAUAUUGUGGAAAAGUUCAUUUAUUUCAGUAAUUCAACUUAAAAGGUGAAACUAAUAUAUGAGAUAGACUCAUGACAUGCAAAGCGAGAUAUGUCAAGCCGUUAUUUGUUACAGUUGUGAUGUUUAUGGUGUACGGCUGAUGAAAACCCCAAAUUAACAAUCUCAGAAAAUUAGAAUAUUAAAUGAAAUCAGCAAAACAAGGACUGCAAAUAGAGCAGUAUUGGACCUCUGAGAAGUAGAAGCAUGCAUAUGUACUCAGUGCUUGGUUUGGGCCCUUUUGCAUCAAUUACUGCCUCAUUGCGGCGUGGCAUGGAUGCUAUCGGCCUGUGGCACUGCCGAGGUGUUAUGGAAGACUAGGAUGCUUCCAUAGCAGCCUUCAGCUCUUCUGCAUUGCUCGGUCUCAUGUCUCUCAUCUUUCUCUUGGCAGUGCCCCAUAGAUUCUCUAUGGGGUUCAGGUCAGGCGAGUUUGCUGGCCAUUCAAGCACAAUAAUCCCAUGGGCAUUGAACCAGGUUUUGGUACUUUGGGCAGUGUGGGCAGGUGACAAAGUCCUGCUGGAAAAUGAAAUCAGCAUCCCCAUAAAGCUCGUCUGCGGAAGGAAGCAUGAAGUGCUCCAAAAUCUCUUGGUGGACGGCUGCGUUGACCCUGGACUUAAUGAAGCACAGUGGACCAACACCAGCUGAUGACAUGGCUCCCCAAAUCAACACAGACUGGGGAAACUUCACACUGGAAUUCAAGCAUCGGGCAUUGUGUGUCUCUCCGUUCUUCCUCCAGACUCUGGGUCCUUGGUUUCCAAGUGAGAUGCAAAAGCUGCUCUCAUCAGAAAAGAGAUUGGAGUUUCACCUAUAUAUUGUAAAGGGAUUUUGCUGAUAGUGCAUAAUGAUCUAUUUAUGUAUGAGGCUGUUAGAGAUGCUUGUCAUGUGGAAAUAUUGAAUAAGUGUCUUCCCUGUUUCGUUUCCUAGGCUGGCCUGCCUCUUCCUCAAGCGCGGGGCCAACAUGAACGCCGUCGAUGGGGAAGGGAAGGACCCCCUCAGCAUCGCCAUAGAUUCAGCCAACGCGGAUAUCGUCACCUUGUAAGGGAGAUUCUCCACCCCCCACCCGCCCCCGUCUCCCUUGGGUGCCAAAUAAUCCCCCCCCCCAUCGUGAGGUCUUGGGUGUGAAUUCUGAAGCUCUUCAGAGGUUGAAGGGGAAGAGAGGGAUUCUGGGAGGAAGUUGGCGGGAUGUCGGCCAUCUUGAAUCUUGGGCUCAGGCCUUUGGGUCUGUAAAUGUGUUAUAACACUGUGGCACUAGAUGGCGCUGUCGGGCUGAAACUGGAAGUCGAUUAUCAUUUCCAUUGUCAGCUUUUACGUUUUUUCCAUAGCAUUUUUUUACAGCUGUGUAGAUCCAGCCCAUAUCUGGUUUCAGCUUCUUGUCAAUUGUUCUUCCAGCGUUUUUAAUAGCUGUUCUUAAAUUGCUUUUACUGGUAAUUUUAUUCUUUUUCUAAACUGCUUUGAGGUUUUUUUGGUUUUUUUACAACCAAGUGGUAUGCAUAAAUUUUAAGAAAUAUAUAAUCAACAAAAUAAAUUGAACGAUUGGGUCUGUGGCUGGUAGGGGAUUGGGGUAAGAUGGGGGGGGAGAAGGGGCUGAAAUUCAUUUUUUUCUGUUGUGUCACGUGACUCUUUUUCUCUCCCACCCACCUUCCCUCUUUCAAAGAUUGCGAUUGGCCAAGAUGCGUGAAUCUGAGCUUGCCCUCGGCCAAUCAGGUGAGUCUCACCUGUGGGGGGUGGGAACACAAUUCCACAUCAGAAUUCGCUCUAUCUCCUCGAAAAUCUUCCGGAAUCAGUUUCCCAUACGCUCUCAGUCCUCAGUUGCUCCAUCUGUAAAAUGGGAACAAUCUGUCAACGAUGGCCAACAGGUGGACAAACAAGUGAUGGGUGUUUGCUGUUUACACACCCGGACAUAACAACGGCUAAAAAUUAAUUAAUGUUACAGAUAAGUAGCAAAACCCAGAAGCUGGUGUUUAGGCAACAGGUGCAAAAUUAACAACCAAAUAACUGAGAUAGCUUAGUCGGCUGAGCAACAGGCUCUGAAUUUCAGGGUUGUGGGUUCGAAGACCACGUAGGGCAAAAAUAUUCCUGCGUUGGAGGGGGUCAGACUAGAUGCCCCUCACGGUCCCUUCCAACUUGACGAUUCUAUACGAUAAUAAGUUUUUAUCCCAGGCUACUAUUUUUAUAGAAGGCGAUAAACAGCUCAAGUUAACCCAGAGGUUUUAUAAUGUGAGGAGAGUCCCCUGUUUUAAGUUUUUUAAGCCAACCUGCCUUUGUCCCUCAAGACUUGAGCCAAUUUUCUUUUAUUAUUCUAUUUUUCGACAAGGACACUUUGGCCAGAUUUUGCUGUACUGAUUUGUCAGAGAAUACACACUCUCACGCACGCACACACCUCUCAUUGCUUCCAAGAUCUCGCUAUUAUUAUGAGCCUGGCUGCUAAGUAGGAGAGAACUUAAUUGAAGGUUGAAGCUGUAAGUUAAUAUUCGUCUCUUGUGAAAAGAUUGAGGAGAAGCAACUCUGGACAUUUUGUCCAGCAAAUUCGCUGCACCCGGUGGGAGGGAGUUCCACAGGUUAACUAAGCGCUGCAUGAAGAAGCACUUUCUUUUAUCUGUCCUGGAUCUGCCACCAUUCGCCUUCUUUUGGUAUCCCAUUAGUUCCUUGGCAGACAUUCCCCCAACAUGACCAGUAGAUGCUGGGGCUGUGGGUGCGAAUCCUGAUUCAAUGCCAGAGAGUGGCUGGUGCGAUUCAGGGCAGGCUGAGGCGGCGAUCUGGGGUCUUCCUUCCAGGACGCAAACAGAUUUCCGAUGCUCCCUGCCCAGGGCCCUUGCAGACUCCUAGCUGCGCUCCUUGCAUUGGAGCGGGUUGGACUAGAUGAGCUUUGGGGUCUGCCUCCCUGGUCCUGAAUGGGGCAACUGUGCCCCUGAAGGACCAGGUGCGCAGCCUGGGAGUCAUUCUGGACUCACAGCUGUCCAUGGAGGCGCAGGUCAGUUCUGUGUCCAGGGCAGCUGUUUACCAGCUCCAUCUGGUACGCAGGAUGAGACCCUCCCUGCCCGCAGACUGUCUGGCCAGAGUGGCACAUGCUCUGGUUAUCUCCCGCUUGGACUACUGCCAUGAGCUCUACGUGGGGCUACCUUUAAAGGUGACUCGGAAACUGCAAUUAAUCCAGAAUGCGGCAGCCAGACUGGUGACUGGGAGCGGCUGCCGAGACCGCAUAACACCGGUCCUGAAAGACUUACAUUGACUCCCAGUACGUUUCCGAGCACAAUUCAAAUUGUUGGUGCUGACAUUAAAAGCCCUAAACGGCCUCAGUCAAGUAUACCUGAAGGAGCAUCUCCACCCCCAUCAUUCUGCCCGGACACUGAGGUCCAGCUGCGAGGGCCUUCUGGCGGUUCCCUCCUUGUGAGAAGUGAGGUUACAGGGAACCAGGCAAAGGGCCUUCUUGGUGGUGGCUCCUGCCCUGUGGAACGCCCUCCCACCAGAUGUCAAAGAAAUAAACAACUAUCUGACGUUUAGAAGACAUCUGAAGGCAGCCCUGUUUAGGGAUGUUUUUAAUGACUGAAGUUUUAAUGUAUAUUUAAUCUUUAGUUGGAAGCCGCCCAGAGUGGCUGGGGAAACCCAGCCAGAUGGGCGGGGUAUAAGUAAUAAAUUAUUAUUUGAGUUUCUAUUGAGAUGAGGCUUCAUUUUAAUGUUGUAUUUUAAUCCUGUUUUUAAGUUGUAUCUUAAUCAAUUGUUUUAUAUCUGGUGUUAGCCACCCCGAGCCUGGUCUUGGCUGGGGAGGGCGGGGUAUAAAUAAAAUUUAUUAUUAUUAUUAUUAUUAUUAUUAUUAUUAUUAUUAUAUCAUUAUUAUUCCCUGAUUCUUCCCGCUCUUCCAGGAGACGAAACAUACCUCGACAUCUUCCAGGAUUUCUCCCUCAUGGCGUCCAACGAUCCAGACAAGUUGACCCGGCGGAGUUAUGAUCUGAAGCUGACGACGAUGUGAAGUUGGCCCCCAGCCGCCGAAAGGAGGAGGGAGACAGGAGCAAGAGGCCUUAAGUUACCUUCAGAUUCCCGGUGUGACACUUGAGUCGGAAACAAAGGACCGUCCAGUAGAAGUUUGUCUCUCCCUUCAGCCCCCAAAGUGCUUUUGGUGACUUUGUGGUGUCUGGCAGAAGCAAAGGGUUUUCGUGGAAGUUUGCGGGAAACGAAGAACCGAUCUCUCCAGAUUACUCUGCCCUCCACAACUCCUGUCUUUUAUUUAUUGCUGACAGAUGAGGACGUAAAAAGCUGUACCACCUUCUUGGCCCUUGAUGGACACAGAGAUAAAAUUACGGAUUAUUUCUCCUCCCACCUCUUCGAAACCAGAUUACAGUCGUUUUAUUUUCUUCCCUGGGCCUUGAAAAGGGAGAUACUCCUUGAGGGAGCAAAGGGAUUUGGGGUCGAGGAAAGGUUGUGUAGGAAGAGGCACAGAUUAAGCACAGCUCCCUACAAUUUGGGAAAUGGUGUGUUUCAUCUCUGUGUGUGUUGAAAUUCUCAGCGGUUUUUUCCUGAGGUUGAAAUCUAAUUUUGCAGGUAGAGCAAACCUGCCUCAAGGUUUGCCCACGUUUAUUUCGUUCGUAAUUAGCUGAGCGUAAACGGAACGUUCUUUUUCUUUUAAUUUAAAUUGCGGUGUGGACAUUUUAAAUAAACUCGCAUCUCUGGCCAAACCACCCCAAAUGACCAAGCUAAAGGCAACCAGUGUGGUCAUUUCCGUGUUUUAAUUUUUUGCCUCUGUGUGUGAGUGUGUUCUUGUUUGUUUUUCAAAGUACUGGGG